ACAUUCAUAGUGCUAAAUAGAGGGAAGACAAUCUUCCGCUUUAGUGCCAACCCUGCCUUGUACAUCAUAAGUCCUUUUAAUAUUUUCAGGCGAAUAGCUAUAAAAAUUUUGAUACAUUCAUAUCCUUUCAAAUGGUGUCCUACCAGGAGAGACAAAAGUCUUUCCUGUUCGUUUUGAUUAUUUAUGAAGAUUCUGCUGCUUCUGUUAGUGCUGCAUGCUAAUGUUCAUAUGACUGCUGCUUCUGUUAGUGCUGCAUGCUAAUGUUCAUAUGACUGCUGCUUCUGUUAGUGCUGCAUGCUAAUGUUCAUAUGACUGCUGCUUCUGUUAGUGCUGCAUGCUAAUGUUCAUAUGACUGCUGCUUCUGUUAGUGCUGCAUGCUAAUGUUCAUAUGACUGCUGCUUCUGUUAGUGCUGCAUGCUAAUGUUCAUAUGACUGCUGCUUCUGUUUAGGUAGUAUAGACUGUAUAUGGCACCCUAUUGCCUUUAUACACUAUUUUAGAACCUAAAAUGGUUAUUCGGCAUAGAGGAGAGGAAGAAAGGAAGACAGAGGAGAGGAAGCCACUUCAGACUAUUGAGAUGCAGCUCUGGUUGCUCAAACGCUGACGUUGGGGUUUUCUUCACACAACCACAUCGUUUUUUCCUGUGGUGAAACCCUUGUUAGUCUUGAAAGGUAUAGUGCAGUAUCCCAAAUGGCCCCCUAUUACCAUUAUAGCGUACUAUGUUUGUCCAGAUACCCGUAGACUUCCAGUCAUUGCGCUAACACUAUUUAGCAUUGGCUCGCGAAACUACACAGAGACAUAAAAAUGGUAUCCACAAGUUCAUCUGACGGAAGUAGAUAAAGGGCCUCAUUGCCAAAAUCCCGAAGUAUCCCUUUAACUGUUUUGGAUGAUGACAUUUAUUUUUUGUUUUUCACUUUGAAUCUCUGGACUCCUUAAUUCAUUUCCCUACUCUUUUCAGCAUGAUCAUUAUGUGUACUAUUUUGACCAACUGUAUAUUCAUGACUUUUAGUGAUCCUCCGGAGUGGUCCAAGCAAGUAGAGUAAGUAUUCGUUUAUUAUAUUUAUCUACACGGGUAAAUAAUAUAUAAAUAUAUAAUAUAAACUAGAAAACAUUUAUUAUGCAUGUCUUAAACCUACACAAGUUUGGUUUUAACAGUGGUGUAUUGCUAGCCUCGAUAAAAGCCUGAGCGUAUUACCAGCACAUCAUUUCAACAGAUAAAAACGUUGUUCUUCUUGGAUUUGAUAAAUUGCUAAUUCUGACCAUGUUUCCAGGUACACAUUCACAGGGAUUUAUACGUUUGAAUGUCUUGUAAAAAUCGUCGCUCGAGGAUUCUGUAUAGAUGGGUUUACAUUCCUAAGGGAUCCCUGGAACUGGCUGGAUUUCAUGGUCAUUUCUAUGGCGUAAGUAUCAGAAUCCUUAUAAGAGAUAUUAAGUAAUAUUAUUGUGUGGGAUCAUUGAUAAAUAGAGCAUUAAUACGUCUAAAGGUAUUGUUACUGUCCAGGAUUGUCCUUUCUUUCUUUCUUUCUUUCUUUCUUUCUUUCUUUCUUUCUUUCUUUCUUUCUUUCUUUCUUUCUUUCUUUCUUUCUUUCUUUCUUUCUUUCUUUCUUUCUUUCUUUCUUUCUUUCUUUCUUUCUUUGAUGGGGAGUUCAAUCAGGUGUUUUCAGAGGGUUCCUGACUGUUCCUGCUUACUGCCUCUACUUCUCAUCCCAUCUCUAUUUUCAGAGAGGGAAUAACGCGAUGGGAUAACGAUGGAUUGAGGGGAGAUUCGAGUAUAGAGAAAGAGCUCUCAACGUCGUCGAGAAGGGAUUUCGGGCGAAAGAGUCUUUAGAUCAUAUCUUUCUCUCCAUCUCUGGGUCCCCUCUCUGUUCUCUGAAUCAUACUCUUAUCUCAUUCUUCUCACUCUCUUUCUCUCCCUCUCUUUCUCUCCCUCUCUCUUUCUCUGUCUCUCAUCUCUCUUUCUCUCCCUCUCGUUCUCUCCCUCUCUUUCUCUCCCUCUCUUUCUCUCCCUCUCUCUUUAUCUGUCUCUCUCUCUCACUCUCCAUUUUUCUCUUUCAAUUUGCUGGAGACCUUAGGAUUCUGAUCAAUGCUUCAUCUUACCAUGUUGGAUUUGACAUGAUAUAGAUGUAUAGUUAGUAAUACAUUACAUGUUGACAAACUAACUAGAACUAGAACUAACUAGAACUAACUCUAACUAUAGGCUACCAUGUUUUUGAUGAUCCGUAGAACUAGAUCAGCAUUUUACGAAGUGGACCUUGAAUGUCUUUAACUUCAAGAAGUGUUUCUGUUGAACCACUACAUUUGUCUUGUAUCGUGUGUGUCAAUAACAGUUUGUAACUUUGAUUUGAUUCUGCAGGUAUAUAACAGAGUUUGUAAACCUAGGCAAUGUCUCAGCUCUGCGCACAUUCAGAGUGUUGAGGGCAUUGAAAACUAUUUCUGUAAUUCCAGGUAAGACAGGAUGGGGGUCGGGGGUCGGUGUGUCGGGGGUCCUGUUUUUCUUUUCUUUUUCCUUUCCUCCGUAGACAGGCUCUGUGAGUGGCGUCGUGGUUACUUCCUGGUUGGGUGCGUUUGUGGUGGUGGUGUUGUGGUGCUCUUGCGCGUGUGGUUUUGUCAUUGGUGUUUGUUUGUGUGUGGUCCUUCCCCUGUUUACAGAUAUAUAACAGAGUUUGUGGACCUGGGCAAUGUCUCUGCGCUGAGAACAUUCAGAGUUCUCCGAGCAUUGAAAACUAUCUCUGUCAUACCAGGUGAGAUUCAGUUUAAACACUAAGGCUGAUAUUUAUAUCACACCCUUUUUAUUUUCUUAUACUCACUAUUAUUAUUAUUAUCAUUUUUAAGCAACAAAAAAAAAGAUUUGGAAAUAAUAACAUUUGUUGAAUUUAUUUUUUCCUCCAAAUUUAUCAAAAAUGGUACUGAUACAUUUUUGAUAGGCUUUGCAGUCUACUCCAGGGUCCUCCAAAGUUUCUCUCUUCUGCCCCAGUAGAAGUCUCAUCCUAAAGGCAGCUGUGGUUCUGCUAUGGCUAUUAAUUGGCGCUUGCAACGCCAGGGUUGUGGGUUCGAUUCCCACGGGGGGGCCAGUAUGAAAUAUGUAUGCACUCACUAACUGUAAGUCGCUCUGGAUAAGAGCAUCUGCUAAAUGACUAAAAUGUAAAAUGAAUAGGCAAAAGCAGAAGCAGAAGCCCCACUAAAGAAAGGGACACUGACAACACCAGUAUGAUAGCACAUCAAUAGAUUAUAACCAGAGACAAAGUCAAAUAUAUGUUGAUUAAAUAUGGGAUUAAUUUUUCUUUAGCUGAACAUAAGGAAUAGCUUAUAAUUAACCAACCUUUCCUUAUUCACUGUACUGUACACUUUGACGAAGACUGUUGAGACAUUUACAGUAUAGCUCAUCCAUAGUACUUUUAUCAUUGGAAAAAGCCUCCAGGCUCUUGCAAGGUUUUCGAAAGAUGGAGAUAAUUAUUAAUAUCCAAAAAUAACUAGGUAAUUGGCUUGGAAGAGAGGGUACAAUUAACUAAAUCCAUUAACAUUAUUUAUUACGAACAAAAGGAUGCAAAUUAAUUAAGGAAAAAACGUAGAGUAUGUUGACGCCCAGUUGGGAACUGACAUAGCUCUAAGUGACAUCCAACGGAAUAUACUUAUUCACUAUUGAUGAAGACUGCCAAGCCUAGUUUGUGGACGUAUUUUAUACUGCAUGAUGCUUUUGAGUCACUUGCAUUACAGUGUUAGCCUGCUAAAAAGCUUGGCUGAUGACAAAUGGCAUUGAAAACGUUUGUUUUGCCCGUUUACGUUUGUUGUUUUGUUCAUUUUGAUGGUUAACUUUUCGUUACAAUGACCGACUUGAACAGAAAAUAGAGCACAUAUUUUCUGCUGGCAUUCUAGAGAGUUCUAGAAUGCUGAUGGGGUGACUGAAUGAGCCACUAACCUUUAACUGAGUCAGCACAUACAGCACCUACAGUACAUACAGGAUAUGAUAUGAUAUAUGAAGGAUGGCAGUGCUUAAGUUGUAAAUCGGGAGGUGCCGGAACAGAAAGUGAGGGGCGAGAGGGGGGUGACCUAGGGGCCUCUGAGGUACUGGAAUGAAUUAGAAAUAAAUCACCUUUAUAAUAAAGCAGUGCAUGCAUAUCAUGGCGUUUGCGUAGUGGCAUAGAGCAUUAGAGUAGAGGCGCUUACAUAAGUUGCACACAUGUGGAUUUUUUUUUAAACUUGGGUUUGGGAAGAAUUUGACCUUUUACAAACACAUUUCAUUCAGUUCUACGUAAUUUUAUAUGACUUGGAGACUUUAGCAGAAUCUUUUUUAAUACUGCACAAAUGAUCGAAAUAACAGGUUACUUUGAUACUGAGAAUCUGAGAUCAAUAAAAAUGACCUCGUCUUGAGUCCUAGAAAAGCUUUCCAGUUUCACUGACUCACCAGCGAUGGCCGAUGCACUCGUGCCAAAAGCCUAUCUCUUGUUUUACUUUGUAAAAUAAUGUUCGCUCAAUAGACCUAUUUGGAAGUUGAUCAAAUAUUUUGGUAGCCUACAGUAGGAUUAGAGUCUUCUCUUCUAAGCAGGAGACAUUUGCUUUCCAACCUGCGUUUUCCCGCGAUUGUAUUUGAUAAAUUGGCUUGUCCUGGCUGCAUGCUGUUCACUGACAGUUUUGCAUCGCUAUAUGCUUUGGGAUUGAGCUACAUAAACACAAUCCAAAGCUAGGCAAUUCACAGCUAUUGGUCAUCUGUGGCUAAAUUAUAGGCCUACUCUUGGUGUAGUAUUCUAAAUUAUUUAAUUUCUUUCUGAACAGACAGCAGUAAUUCUAUAACUUUGGCAAAUUUAUUUCAAUUAAUCAGCUGCAGCUCCUCCAGCACCCUUGAUUCUAUAAGGAUAGAAAUGAUGAAGUGCAACGCUGGAGAGAUGAGAGUUGCAGGCUCAUGUCUAGCAGAGAGAGGGAGAGAGAUCAUAGAAAGUAAAGCUCAUUCUAGUUCUGAGAGAGAUACAGGCGUGCUUCUCUCUUUCACCACAGCAACGGCCACGCGUUGGUUUCAAGCAUAGGCUAUAAUGUUGCAGAAACCAUAAGCCCUCUACGUUUUCACAUUAAAUUUUUUUAGGGGGCAGGAGAAUUAAUGAGGAGGCAACUCGAAUUAACUCUGAUCGCUUUUAUUCGAAGUUUUACUUUGCAAACAGUGAUUUUUAUUUCACGUAGAGGUACCGGAUCCAGCCAAAUAAGUUCCGGAAUGAAACAGUCCAAAACUGAGAGGUGCCGGAUCCUGCUCAAAUUAAGCAAUGAAGGAUGGUCAACUAUGGUUCUUCUCCCCAGCUUGCAAAGCUGGGAAAAACUGGUUGAAAUUACAUCAUGAUGACAUAAUGAUGAAAUAACAUAAUGAUGAAAUGACAUCAUGAUGAAAUGACAUCAUGAUGAAAUGACAUCAUGAUGACCUGUUUCAGGUUGUAAUGACGUCACUUCAACAUGUUUUACUCACUGGGUUAUUGCUCUUCUCACAGAAAAGACAAACUGUGGGUUUCUCUCAUUUUGACGGACACAUUUCCUUGGGAAACUCAUGAGAUGUCAACACAGGGAGGUGCCAAAAAGAAAAAUGUAUUACUCUAAGUAAACCCUGUCCGGAUUAUAGUCAAUAAAAAUAAAUAAAUUCAGUAGUGUCACUGAAAAUAUAGAAGAGAUUGUUUCUUAUUAUUUCAAUGAUAUAUCGAUUAGGUGCAUGACACCUCACUAGUGGUACAUUCUUCUGUCACUAGUCAGCAUCCUACAGGUCUAAGUUAAGUUGGGACCAUAUUAUAGAAGGAGAGGUGUAAGCCAAGCCUGCUCUACCUGAAGAGGGACGACAGAAGCCCCUCAGCGCUUCCAGUUCCGUGUGUGAGAAACAUUCUGUUUCUGGAAAUGUUUGGAAUCCUCCUGCAUUCUAUGGACCAAUUGCUUCAGCCAUUCUGAGUUCUGCCUGAGGAUGAUGCCUGUCCUGAAGGGAAAAUAAUAUGAUUCCUUUUUAGUGAAGAGCUAUGGGUGAGACUGUAGGGUUCGGGGCAAGAAGGGGUGAGAGUCUGGCUGUAGUAGGGUUGGGGUAAGAAGGGGUUAGAGAAUGGCUGUAGUAGGGUUGGGGUAAGAAGGGGUUAGAGAAUGGCUGUAGUAGGGGAAUGGCUGUAGUAGGGUUGGGGUAAGAAGGGGUUAGAGAAUGGCUGUAGUAGGGUUGGGGUAAGAAGGGGUUAGAGAAUGGCUGUAGUAGGGUUGGGUAAGAAGGGGUUAGAGAAUGGCUGUAGUAGGGUUGGGGUAAGAAGGGGUUAGAGAAUGGCUGUAGUAGCGGGUGGGGUAAGAAGGGGUUAGAGAAUGGCUGUAGUAGGGUUGGGGUAAGAAGGGGUUAGAGAAUGGCUGUAGUAGGGUUGGGGUAAGAAGGGGUAAGAGUCUGUGCUUUAACCUAAUGACACCUAAGAGAGAAAAAGGCCCCAGAGUGGCGAUGGCAUUGAAUGGUUUCUGUUCAGCCUUGGAGUUUAAAUGACCUGCAUGUCAAUGACCUGCCUGCCUGUGCCUCUGACCUUUUAUCAUAUCCCCUCGUUGGUUUCUACCCCCUGCCUGCCUGUACCUCUGACCCCUUAUCAUAUAUCCCCUUGUUGUGCUGCUGUGCUUUCUUCCUUCCUUUCUUCCUUCCUUCCUUUCUUCCUUCCUUCCUUCCUUCCUUCCUUCCUUCCUUCCUUCCUUCCUUUCUUAUGGAUUGCCCUCGCACUGUUCUGUUUCCUGGAGUCCUCCCCCUCUAGUUCAGCUGUAAUCCAUCACUGGCCAUACUGGCAACGUAGAGCAAAGAUACUAAUAGGUCUCUUCCUGGUUCAAUAGUGAUAUAUUAUUUACAUGUUUUUCUUUGAUUAACUGUAUACAGCCAGUGAUACUGAUAGUUCUCUUCCUGUUUCAGUAGUGACAUAUCAACUAACUGUAUACAGCCAGUGAGUGUCUCAUUACUAAACCUCUGAACAGAGGGGGAUGGCUCUUGGCUAUUUCUUGUUCAUAUUUGUAUUAUAAAAUGUUUUGUAUGUCUUCAGUUGUUGAAGUUUGUCUGAAGUUGUACUGUUUUUAACUAAUUAAAUAUACAUUUUAAGUUUCUAUGUUUAUGUUAUUGAAAUGUCAAAUAUCAAAUGUCAGCUUUCCAGCCCACUGCAAAGUUUUACCUUUUGUAGACAAUUUUACCUUGUUUGAGUAUACCAAACAUUAGGAACAGCUUCCUAAUAUUGAGUUACACCCCCCCCCCCCUUGUGUCGAAAGCGUUCCACAGGGAUGCUGAUUCAAAUGAUUCCCACAGUUGUGCCAAGUUGGCUGGAUGUCCUUUGGGUGGUGGACCAUUCUUGAUACACACGGGAAACGGUUAGGCAUGAAAAACCCAGCAGCGAUGCAGUUCUUGACACAAACCGGUGCACUUGGCACCUACUACCAAUGUUCCCUAGAUAUUUUUUAGACACUGAGCAAAUUUCACGUCUGCUGAGCGCAAACUUGAACAUUGUGAAAAUUCGGUGAUAAGCCUGGUGCACGUUUACCGUGAACACUGAGGCUGUACCCGCUUUAAGUUAGUUUUAACAGUGGCCAAGUAGGCCUACAGCAGCAGCCAAUGUGUGGUGUUCAAUGUAGGCCUACAUUCCAUGAGACUUUUAGAAGAAAAAAAUAAAACCUGUUUAUCUACUUGUCCUUCAGACAAGGAGGUGACUGAAAAUGUUGUGUUUAAUAGAAUAGAAUAAAACUUUAUUGUCCAUCCAGGAUGUUUCUUUGACAUCACCUUCCAUUAAAAGGAUCACAUACACAUACAUUCUCACAUCACACACAUUUAAACUAGUCAGUCCAUCAUGUUGCAUACACUAAAAACAUAGAGGACAUGAAUACAUUCACUCACAACUGACCGCUGUCCCAACUGCACUGGAUAGAUAAGAACAUAUACUGAUACAAGGAUGCAAGAAACCACUUUACAAAAUCAAAUUCAUUAUUAUUCCCAUACCAUUAUUACAGGGAAUCAAGACAAAUUAUGCUACCUUCUGCCUAUUGGCUACUUAGCUUAUUCAAGACAGUCUCAAAAUACAGCACAUCUCUUUACCUGACUCACUUUUCAAAGAUGUCUAGAAACACACACAUUUUGUGCUCUUGUUGGAAGCAACCAUUGUUGACUAGAAGUGAGCUAAAACUGAGCUAAUAACUCACUAACUAGCAAAGGAUAUGAACAAAAUGUGCACACGUGGCUACAUGCAGCUCUCGCUUUGAUCUCAAAACAAGCGCAUCUACUCACAACCGGUCAUGCUGUAAACACAGUCCAGUUCAAAGUAAAUGGCACAGAUCCAUAUAUGGCAAUGGCUAUUUGCAUAUAGGCCUACUGCAGCUCUGAUUGGUUAUGGCCUGAGUGGUGCCUGCCAAUGCAAUACAAUCAUAAUCCAAUGCACUCUGCCUACAAGAAAAUCUCUUGCACAAUUAGUUUUGCAUACUAAAUCUUGCAUUGUUCGUUUUGUUUCGGUAUAUUACAUUGAACGUGGCUAAUAUUGCGUAUGAAAAAUGUAUGCACUCACUAACUGUUAGUCGCUCUGGAUAAGAGCAUCUGCUAAAUGACUAAAACAUUUAAUGUAAAAAUGAUUCAAUCACAAUUCCCACAGUUGAGCGGAACUUUGAUAGUGUUAACUAAAGGGGAAAACUGUAGAAAGUUGAGUGAAGUUCAAUCUCAUGCUUCUCUGCAUGGGUUCAAAGGCACUUAAAUAUUUUGUCUUGCCCAUUCACCCUCAGAAUGGCACACAUACACAAUCCAUGUCUCAAUUGUCUCAAGGCUUAAAAAUCCUUCUUUAACCUGUCUCCUCCCUUUAAUCUACACUAAUUGAAGUGGAUUUAACAAGUGACAUCAAUAAGGUAUCAUAGCUUUCACCUGGAUUCACCUGGUCAGUCUUAUGUCAUGGAAAGAAUGUUCUUAAUGUUUUGUGUACUCAGUGUACAUACUAUAUAUUAUACUGAUAACACUUCAAUUUGUAUUGUAUGAUUAAAUACCCAACUCAGGCAUUAGGGUUUAAUGUUCGUAUUAUAAUGGAUACUCAGAAAAAUCCAUUCCAUCACACAAUAUACUGUAAAUUGAAUACUGGUUGAUGAAGGAAUGUACGUAAAACAGACAGUAUAGUACAGUACAGUAAUUUAAUAAUGGACUUAUUAGAUAAGCAAUACAGUGCAGCAAAGUCACCUUGUCUGGGAACCCCAAGAUCCUCUCCCAUAUACCUUGAGUAUACACACCUUCUGCAUCAUCUCUUUGGUUUGUGUGUGUGUGUGUGCGUCCGUCUGUUUGUACCUUUGUGCGUGUGUUUGUGCAAACGUUUGUCUAUGUGUGUGUGUUUCUCCCUCUCCAGGUCUGAAGACCAUUGUCGGUGCUCUAAUCCAAUCGGUGAAGAAAUUGUCAGACGUUAUGAUCCUCACGGUCUUCUGUCUCAGUGUCUUUGCUCUGAUUGGACUACAGCUCUUCAUGGGCAACCUACGACAAAAAUGCGUGAUUUGGCCAAUCAACUCCACCGAGAACUACUUGGCCAACGGCAGCAAAGGCUUCGACUGGAAUGAAUACAUCAAUAACGACAGUAAGUAGCCUGGCCACAGUCAAACACACCAGGGUUGUGUUCUUAAGAGCACACCAUAGCAAAAUGUUUCCAUUUGCUGAGAAGGUUUGUCAUAUAUCCCUCGACAACACAGUAGGUUGGUUGCACCUUAAUUGGGGAGGAUGGGCUUGUGGUAAUGGCUAGAGCGGAAUCAGUGGAAUGGUAUCAAAUACAUCAAACGCAUGGUUUGAUGCCAUUCCAUUAGCUCCGUUCCAGCCAUUAUUAUGAGCCGUUCUCCCCUCAGCAGCCUCCACUGCUCUACAUAGCUGCAGAGUUUCAACCCAUUUCAACCAAAAUACAGAAAUGGGAAUGUUAUUCUGUGUUUGUUUCUUUCACCAGCCAAUUUCUACUUCCUGCCUGGACAAUUGGAUGCCCUUUUAUGUGGCAACAGCUCAGAUUCUGGGUGAGUAGCUUACAGGCCCCCAGUGUCCGGUCUGGAGCUGAAGUCACGAGCUCUGCUGGUUGGCUACUGCGUAGCAACCUAGCGGUGCCAAAAGCCCUGGUCUGCCGAGAAAGUCUAUGUAAAUUAUGAUUGCCAGAACGACCCCUAAAUGUUUUCUAGACGGCCGUUUUGGGCUCUAAAAUUAGUUUAUUAUGAUCAAUUACGAUCCCCACAGUGAAUUAUUUUCAAGUUCGCUACAAAUCGAGAUAUUUCAUUAAAUAGUGAUCCAUUCUGACUACUACAUUUGUCGUCACACAGGACCACGUGCUGACACAGACCAAUCACGGGCCGGCCCGUGAUCUUUGCACGUGUCUCUCAGGCAGAAUGAAAACAACUACAUCGACCAUGAUCCUUUGCUAUUUACCAGAGGAGGCUGGUUGGAGGAGCUAUAGGAGGACGGGCUCCUAACCAAUUGUGCUAUUAUGUGUGUUUUUUCACGUUAUUUGUAACUUAUUUUGUACAUAAUGUUUCUGCCACCAUCUCUUACGACCGAAAAGAGCUUCUGGAUAUCAGGACAGCGAUUACUCACCUCGAACUGGACAAAGAUUUUUUCUUUAACGAGUCGGACACGAGGGAUUUACUUCAGACACCCGACAAGGCCCAAAUCCCUGUCAUUCGCUGGAGAAAGAGACUGAGAUAUCGGGGACGUAGGUCGGUGUGCCUUGUAAGGAUCCAACGGCGAAUGGGUAAUCUGCCUCUUCCAUCAGUCCUAUUAGCCAACGUACAAUCAUUGGAUAACAAAAUAGACGAGCUACGAUCACGAAUAUCCAACCAACGGGACAUAAAAAACUGUAAUAUCUUAUGUUUCACCGGGUCGUGGCUGAACGACGACAUGGAUAACAUACAGCUGGCAUUACGCUGCAUCGGCAAGAUAGAAUAACGGCCUCCGGUAAGACAAGGGGUGGCGGUCUGUGUAUAUUUGUAAACAACAGCUGGUGCACGAUAUCUAAUAUUAAGUCUCAAGGUCGCCUGAGGUAGAGUAUCUCAUGAUAAGCUGUAGACCACACUAUUUACCAAGAGAGUUUUCAUCUAUAUUUUUCGUAGCUGUCUAUUUAUCACCACAAACCGAUGCUGGCACUAAGACCACACUCAAUAGGCUGUAUAAGGCCAUAAGCAAACAGGAAAAAGCUCAUCCAGAGGCGGCGCUCCUAGUGGCCGGGGACUUUAAUGCAGGGAAACUUAAAUCAGUUUUUUCCUCAAUUCUACCAGCAUGUUAAAUGUGCAACCAGAGCAAAACAAACUCUAGACCACCUUUACGCCAAACACAGAGACGCGUAAUAAGCUCUCCCACGCCCUCCCAUUUGGCAAAUCUGACCAUAAUUUUAUCCUCCUGAUUCCUUCCUGCUUACAAGCAAUAACUAAAGCAGAAUGCACCAGUGACUCGGUCAAUUAAAGAAGUGGUCAGAUGACGCAGAUGCUAAGCUACAGGACUAUUUUGCUAGCACAGACUGGAAUAUGUUCCAGGAUUCUUCCGAUGGCAUUGAGGAGUACACCACAUCAGUCACUGGCUUCAUCAAUAAGUGCAUUGAUGACGUCGUCCCUACAGUGACGGUACGUACAUACCCCAACCAGAAGUCAUGGAUUACAGGCAACAUCCGCACUGAGCUAAGGAACGGGACUCUAACCCGGAAACUUAAAAUAAAUCCCGCUUUGCCCUCCGACGAACCAUCAAACAGGCAAAGCGUCAAUACAGGACUAAGAUUGAAUCGUACUACACCGGCUCCGACGCUCGUCAGAUGUGGCAGGGCUUACAAACUAUUACAGACUACAAAGGGAAGCACAGCCACAAACUGCCCAGUAACACAAGCCUACCAGACGAGCUAAAUCACUUCUAUGCUCGCUUCGAGGCAAGCAACACUGAAGAAUGCAUGAGAGCAUCAGCUGUUCUGGACGACUGUGUGAUCACGCUCUCUGUAGCCAAUGUGUGUAAGACCUUUAAACAGGUCAACAGGAUUACCAGGACAUGUACUCCGAGCAUGCAUUGACCAAUUGGCAAGUGUCUUCACUGACAUUUUCAACCUGUCCUUGACUGAGUCUGUAAUACGAACAUGUUUCAAGCAGACCACCAUAGUCCCUGUGCCCAAGAACACUAAGGUAACCUACCUAAAUGACUACAGACCCAUAGCACUCACGUCUGUAGCCAUGGAGUGCUUUGAAAGGCUGGUCAUGGCUCACAUCAACACCAUUAUCCCAGAAAACCUAGACCCACUCCAAUUUGCAUACCACCCCAACAGAUCCACAGAUGAUGCAAUCUCUAUUGCACUCCACGCUGCCCUUUCUCACCUGGAAAGGAACACCUACGUGAGAAUGCUAUUCAUUGACUACAGCUCAGCAUUCAACACCAUAGUGCCCUCAAAGCUCAUCACUAAGCUAAGGACCCUGGGACUAAACACCUCCCUCUGCAACUGGAUCCUGGACUUCCUGACGGGCCGCCCGUGGUAAGGGUAGAUAUGCCCCCAUUCUCAUUGACGGGGCUGUAGUGGAACAGGUUGAGAGCUUCAAGUUCCUUGGUGUCCACAUCACCAACAACCUAUCAUGGUCCAAACACACCAAGACAGUCGUGAAGAGGGCACGACAAAGCCUAUUCCCCAUCAGGAGACUGAAAAGAUUUGGCAUGGGUCCUCAGAUCCUCAAAAAGGUAUACAGCUGCACCAUCGAGAGCAUCCUGACUGGUUGCAUCACUGCCCGGUAUGGCAAUGGCUCGGCCUCCGACCGCAAGGCACUACAGAGGGUAGUGCGUAUGGCCCAAUACAUCACUGGGGCCAAGCUUCCUGCCAUCCAGGGCCUCUAUACCAGGCGGUGUCAGACGAAGUCCCUAAAAAUUGUCAAAGACUCCAGCCACCCUAGUCAUAGACUGUAGUCUCUGCUUCCGCACGGCAAGCGGUACCGGAGCACCAAGUCUAUGACCAAAAGGCUUCUUAACAGCUUCUACCCCCAAGCCAUAAGACUCCUGAACAGCUAAUGGCUACCCAGACUAUUUGCAUUAUUCCCCCCUCUUUUACGCUGCUGCAACUCUCUGUUCAUUAUCUAUGCAUAGACACUUUAACUCUACCUACAUGUGCAUAUUAUCUCAAUUACCUCGACUAGCCGGUGCCCCCGCACAUUGACUCUGUACCGGUAACCCCUGUAUGUAGCCUCGCUACUGUUAUUUUACUGCUGUUAUUUUUUACUUAUCUAUUGUUUACUUAACACUUAUUUUUCUUAAAACUGCAUUGCUGGUUAAGGGCUUGUAAGUAAGCAUUUCACUGUAAGGUCUACACCUGUUGUAUUCUGCGCAUGUGACAAAUACAAUUAGAUUUUUUAUAUGUUUGAUACCUUUCCAUUUCCAUUCUAGCCAUUACAAUAAGCCCGUCCUCCUAUAGUUCUUCCCACCAGCCUCCUCUGCUAUUUCCGACCACUUUCACCAUGAUCUUUAGUGCCAUUCACCCCCAUAUGGCGAGCUUCAAAUUGAAAUAAUUCUGGCUUUAUGCGCCAUCAGGAGUUUUCCAUAGGUAUAUGUCACGCUAUCACUAUCUACUGGUUUUAAUGUCUAUGGUAGUUACUCUGUCUGUCUGUCUGUCUGUCUGUCUGUCUGUCUCUCUGUUUCCUUGUCUUUCUGUCUGUCUCUGUCCUACUCUUCAGACCCACUGUUCCCUUAUUCCUUCAUUAAACCAGACAACUGUACUAUACAUUUACAUUUUAGUCAUUUAGCAGACGCUCUUAUCCAGAGCGACUUACAGUUAGUGCAUACAUUUUCAUACUGGCCCCCCGUGGGAAACGAACCCACAACCCUGUCGUUGCAAGCGCCAUGCUCUACCAACUGAGCUACAGGGGACCCUAUACGCAGUGCUUAAUUUGAGCCGGACCUCUCCGUUUUGGACAGUUUUGUUCCGGAACCUAUUUGGCCGGAUCCGGUACCUCUCCUGGCAUGAAAUUAUUUUUUUAAACUUUUUAAUAAUAACAAUAAAAGCGAUCAAAGUUCAUUCGAGUUUCCUCUUAGUUAAUUCUCCUGCCCCCACAAAAAAGCGUAAUGUGAAAAAGUAGAUUUUCAACCCUGGCCUAAUAUUCUAAGAGUUGAUUUGGUUUGGGCGGGCCCGAGUUUAUGGUUUGCGCAACUUUGUAAUUUAUGUUUGAGACCAACGCGUGGCGGUGGCUGUGUGAGAAGCGCGCCAGUAAUAUGUCUCACAUAACUAGAAUGAGAUUCACUUUCUAUGAUAUCUCUCUACUCUGAUAGACAUGAGCCUGCAACUCUCAUCUCUCCAGCGUUGGACUUCAUCAUUUAUUUCCAUAUAGAAUCAUUGCCAUGCGAAGGGUUCUGCAGCACCCCUGAUAAAGGUAAAGGCAUUUGCCAAAGUUAUAGAAUUACUGCUGUAUGUUAAAAAAUGAAUGAAAUCAUUCAGAAUAGCCUACUACACCAUGAGAAGGCCUAUAAUUUUGCGACAGAGGAUCAAUAGCUGUGGAUUGUAGCCUAAUAACAAGGAAUAGCCCACAGUCCGGAACGCGCCAUAAAUCUGUUAGUGGAACAACAGCACGCAGACAAAACGGGCCUUUCGCAAUAUUUCAGAUACAAUCGAGGGAAAACACAGGUUGGAAAGCAAAUCGAGGGAAAACACAGGUUGGAAAACUCCUCCUGAAAAGCGAAGACUAUGCUGUAGGCUACCAAACUAUUUGAUCAACUUCCAAAUAUUGUUUUAUGAGAGAGAGAAUGAGAGAGAGAUAGGCUUUUGGCACGAGCGCAUCGGCCAUCACCAGCAAGUGAGCUGCGCAUCUUUGGGUGAGUCAUUGAAACUGGAAAGCAUUUUUAGGACAAUAAUUUCCUCCUCAUAUUGUAGCCUACAAUAUGUGUCUCCACACACCUAGGCCAAGGCUAUUGAUGGAUUCAAGACAAGGUCGUUUUUAUUGAUCUCAGAUUCUCAGUUUGUCAGAGUCAAAGUAGCCUGCCAUUUCGAUCAUUUGUGCGCUAUUAAAAAAGAUUCUUCCAAAGUCUCCAGUCAUGUAAAAUGACGUAGAAUUGCAUGAAAUGCGUUUAGAAAAGGCCCACAUUUUCUCGGACCCUAGGCUACUAAAUAUGUUCCACAUGUGUAAAACUUCUAUAUGUGCCUCUACUCAACUGCUCAAUGCCACUACGCAAAUACGAUGAAAUGCAUGCAAUGCUUAUUAAGGAUAAAGGAUUUUUUUUUCCUUCUUAUGCGUUCUGGUACCUCAGAACUUUUUGUUCCAGCACCUCACGAUUUACAAAUUAAGCACUGACCAUAUGGCAGCCAUGUUGUUAUUGUAUGUAAAUAUUGCUGUGUCAUUGUAUGGUUGUGUGGCCCUCUCCUCUCCCCCCAGCCGCUGCCCUGAAGGCUACACAUGCAUGAAAGCUGGGAGGAAUCCAAACUACGGCUACACCAGCUUCGACAGCUUCGGAUGGGCUUUCCUGGCUCUCUUCAGACUCAUGACACAGGACUUCUGGGAGAACCUCUACAUGCUGGUGAGCACAGAAUGAAAUAGAACAUACCGUAUUAUAUACAUUGCCUCUAUCUAUGAUGUCUUAUAUCUAUGCAGGUGAGACAGGCUUGUUGUUUUACCAAAGGGUAUGUUGGUUUGGUUUUCACUGUUGAGUUAAAUGCAAAAUGUAAACAUGCUUUGUCCACAUAUCCAGUUGGCCGAUUAGCUUUCCUUUGGGACAUAUUGGACCUUUACGUCAGGGACGUCACUAGACUUUCAGAACAUCUGGGGCUCAGUACACUACACCGUUACACACUUCCUCCACCCCAUUACAGUAUAGAUUGCAGUACAUUACACCGUUACACACUUCCUCCACCCCAUUACAGUAUAGAUUGCAGUACAUUACACAUUACACACUUCCUCCACCCCAUUACAGUAUAGAUUACAGUACAUUACACCGUUACACACUUCCUCCACCCCAUUACAGUAUAGAUUACAGUACAUUACACCGUUACACACUUCCUCCACCCCAUUACAGUAUAGAUUACAGUACAUUACACCGUUACACACUUCCUCCACCCCAUUACAGUAUAGAUUACAGUACAUUACACAGUCACACACUUCCUCCACCCCAUUACAGUAUAGAUUGCAGUACAUUACACAUUACACACUUCCUCCACCCCAUUACAGUAUAGAUGACAGUACAUUACACCGUUACACACUUCCUCCACCCCAUUACAGUAUAGAUUACAGUACAUUACACUGUUACACACUUCCUCCACCCCAUUACAGUAUAGAUUACAGUACAUUACACUGUUACACACUUCCUCCACCCCAUUACAGUAUAGAUUAAAGUAUAGUAGAGUGAUAAAGCUGGGGGGAAGGGCAUAUAGUAAUUCCUUAUACCUGAGAUAUAGGGACUUUUAACAAAAUGCCACCCUAUUCCCUAUAUAGUGCACUAUUUUUGGCCAUAGCUUUUCUUGGUAUUUUCCACAAGAAACUGUCAUACAGAUUUUCGCUGCACACUCACAUGAACAGAUGGACAAGCAAAACAAUGAGAUUUCAAAGGUGUUACACAGUUGCACAAAAAUGUUGAUAUGACAAAAGUUGUAUUAAUCGUAUGUUCAGGAUACACAUGGUAUACGCUGUCCAAUAAAUUGCUUACUUUCAGGUUAUUCUCGACAAUGCAACAACAAUAAGAAAUAAGAAAAUAUAAGAAUAUGAACAUAAAGUAAAUGACUCAGUAGAAUAAACAUUUUAGCAUAAGUAUAAUACAGGUAGGUACAAUUUAUAGUACAAUAUUUACAUAUGUAUUGGGGAAGGAGGGGAUGGGGGACAAGUGUUUAAAUUGUGCAGUUUUAGCAAUAAUAAUAAGAGUUUUUAACAAGAAACUGUCUCUGAGCCUGUUGGUAUCAGACCUCAUGCUCCGAUACUGUCUGCCCGACGGUAAGGGAGUGAACAGCUCGUGGCUGGGGUGUGUGUGGUCCUUGAUGAUGCUGCGGGACUUCCUCAGGCACUGUUUCAAGUAGAUGUCCUGGAUGGGAGCACGGUCCCAGUGAUGUCCUGGAUGGGAGCAUGGUCCCAGUGAUGUCCUGGAUGGGAGCAUGGUCCCAGUGAUGUCCUGGAUGGGAGCACGGUCCCAGUGAUGUCCUGGAUGGGAGCAUGGUCCCAGUGAUGUUCUGGAUGGGAGCACGGUCCCAGUGAUGUCCUGGAUGGGAGCACGGUCCCAGUGAUGUCCUGGAUGGGAGCACGGUCCCAGUGAUGUUCUGGAUGGGAGCACGGUCCCAAUGAUGUCCUGGAUGGGAGCACGGUCCCAGUGAUGUCCUGGAUGGGAGCACAGUCCCAGUGAUGUACUGGAUGGGAGCACGGUCGCAGUGAUGUUCUGGAUGGGAGCACGGUCCCAGUGAUGUCCUGGAUGGGAGCACGGUCCCAGUGAUGUCCUGGAUGGGAGCACGGUCCCAGUGAUGUCCUGGAUGGGAGCACGGUCCCAGUGAUGUACUGGAUGGGAGCACGGUCCCAGUGAUGUCCUGGAUGGGAGCACGGUCCCAGUGAUGUCCUGGAUGGGAGCACGGUCCCAGUGAUGUCCUGGAUGGGAGCACGGUCCCAGUGAUGUUCUGGAUGGGAGCACGGUCCCAGUGAUGUCCUGGAUGGGAGCACGGUCCCAGUGAUGUCCUGGAUGGGAGCACGGUCCCAGUGAUGUCCUGGAUGGGAGCACGGUCGCAGUGAUGUUCUGGAUGGGAGCACGGUCCCAGUGAUGUCCUGGAUGGGAGCACGGUCCCAGUGAUGUCCUGGAUGGGAGCACGGUCCCAGUGAUGUCCUGGAUGGGAGCACAGUCCCAGUGAUGUACUGGAUGGGAGCACGGUCCCAGUGAUGUCCUGGAUGGGAGCACGGUCCCAGUGAUGUCCUGGAUGGGAGCACGGUCCCAGUGAUGUCCUGGAUGGGAGCACGGUCCCAGUGAUGUUCUGGAUGGGAGCACGGUCCCAGUGAUGUCCUGGAUGGGAGCACGGUCCCAGUGAUGUCCUGGAUGGGAGCACGGUCCCAGUGAUGUCCUGGAUGGGAGCACGGUCCCAGUGAUGUCCUGGAUGGGAGCACGGUCCCAGUGAUGUCCUGGAUGGGAGCACGGUCCCAGUGAUGUCCUGGAUGGGAGCACGGUCCCAGUGAUGUUCUGGAUGGGAGCACGGUCCCAGUGAUGUCCUGGAUGGGAGCACGGUCCCAGUGAUGUCCUGGAUGGGAGCACGGUCCCAGUGAUGUACUGGAUGGGAGCACGGUCGCAGUGAUGUUCUGGAUGGGAGCACGGUCCCAGUGAUGUCCUGGAUGGGAGCACGGUCCCAGUGAUGUCCUGAAUGGGAGCACGGUCACAGUGAUGUCCUGGAUGGGAGCACGGUCCCAGUGAUGUACUGGAUGGGAGCACGGUCCCAGUGAUGUCCUGGAUGGGAGCACGGUCCCAGUGAUGUACUGGAUGGGAGCACGGUCCCAGUGAUGUCCUGGAUGGGAGCACGGUCCCAGUGAUGUCCUGGAUGGGAGCACGGUCCCAGUGAUGUCCUGGAUGGGAGCAUGGUCCCAGUGAUGUCCUGGAUGGGAGCACGGUCCCAGUGAUGUUCUGGAUGGGAGCACGGUCCCAGUGAUGUCCUGGAUGGGAGCACGGUCCCAGUGAUGUCCUGGAUGGGAGCACGGUCCCAGUGAUGUCCUGGGCCGUCUUCACCACUUGCCGGAGGGCCUUGCGGUCGUGGACGGAGCAAUUCCUGUACCAGAUCGUGAUGCAACUGGUCAGAACGUUCUUGAUGGUGCAGUGGCAGUAUUUGGAGAGGGCCCAGGGUGGCAUGCCAAUGAUCAGAAAUUAUUUCCCAUUGUAUUUUAUCAGACUAUCAGAUCAGACAAGCGAUAGUUGAACCCAGCAGUUCAAGAAGUGCUGGCAUGCAUACACACUACCUGCACAAACAUUAGCGGGUUUUAAGAUUGCAGUAAAUCAUAUACACUGUAUCCAGAGUAUGCUAAGGUCUGUCUGUCUGUGUGUGUGUGUAGAAUCUUUAGUGUACAGUCUGUGUGUGGAACAGGAGGACAGUAGAGUUUAUGUCCUCUUGUCAGUUUGUGGUACUCUGUCUUGCUGAGGACUGUCGCAGUGUGCUGGAUAUUCUUCCCAGCGCUGAGUGUACACCACAUGGGAGGGAAUAGCAUUUGUCAGAACCCAGGAAGUCCUCUCUGUCACUCUCUCUCUCUCUCUCUCUCUCUCUCUCUCUCUCUCUCUCUCUCUCUCUCAAUUCAAUUUCAAUUUCAAUUUAAGGGCUUUAUUGGCAUGGGAAACGUGUGUUAACAUUGCCAAAGCAAGUGAAGUAGAUAGUAAACAAAAGUGAAAUAAACAAUAAAUAUUAACAGUAAACAUUACACUCAGAAGUUUCAAAAGAAUAAAGACAUUUCAAAUGUCAUAUUAUGUCUAAAUACAGUGUUGUAACAAUGUGCAAAUAGUUAAAGUACAAAUGGGAAAAUAAAUAAACAUAAAUAUGGGUUGUAUUUACAAUGGUGUUUGUUCUUCACUGGUUGCCCUUUUCUUGUGGCAACAGGUCACAAAUCUUGCUGCUGUGAUGGCACACUGUGGUUUUUCACCCAGUAGAUAAGGGAGUUUAUCAAAAUUGGGUUUGUUUUCGAAUUCUUUGUGGAUCGCUGUAAUCUGAGGGAAAUAUGUGUCUCUAAUAUGGUCAUACAUUUGGCAGGAGGUUAGGAAGUGCAGCUCAGUCUCUCUCUCUGCCUCAACUCUGCUCCCUAUACACCCUCUCUUAAAGGGCCCUAGUGCAGACCAUACACCCUCUUUUAAAGGGUCCUAGUGCAGACCAUAGUGUAAGUGUACAUCUGAAAUAGCACCUUUUAAUUUGUUCAAAUGUAAGCUUUAUUUUGACAGGGAGUCAAUGCUGAGACCAAGGUCUCUUUUCCUGAUGAGCCCUGUUUAGCACCACAAUACACAUCAAAAUACACAUUAUAAUACACAACAAUACACGAAAAGCAAAACACAAUCAUAAAAAACAGACACAUUCUUCAGUAAAAAGGUCCCCUAACUACCAUCUGAAAUGCCCUAGAGGCACCAAUUCCUCCAAUGUUAAAGUGCAUUGCUUUUACCCAACUCAGUGGGGAUGGAAGGGACCUCCAGAGUUAACCAUCCCUGAGACCGGGUCUGGUGUCGUACGUCUAUAGGUUAAUAAUGAAGUAAGGUAUGAUGGAAGUUUAUGCAGGAGGGCUUUAUAAACAAAAAUAGUUCAAUGCGUCGAUCUAUGUGACUUCAAAGAUGGCCAACCUACAUUCUGAUACAGAAUGCAGUGAUGUGUACUGAACCUAUCGCCCGUAAUAAAGCGUAGUGCGCUAUGAUAAACUGUCCAAUGGCUUCAUACAGUGGCAGCAGCUUUCAUAUAGACAAUAUCCCCAUAGUCAAUACAGUGGCAGCAGCUUACAGAUAGACAAUAUCCCCAUAGUCAAUACAGUGGCAGCUGCAUUUAUAUAGACAAUAUCCCCAUAGUCAAUACAGUGGCAGCUGCAUUUAUAUAGACGAUAUCCCCAUAGUCAAUACCCCCAUAGUCAAUACAGUAGCAGCAGCUUUCAUAUAGACAAUAUCCCCAUAGUCAAUACAGUGGCAGCUGCAUUUAUAUAGACAAUAUCCCCAUAGUCAAUACAGUGGCAGCUGCAUUUAUAUAGACAAUAUCCCCAUAGUCAAUACAGUGGCAGCUGCAUUUAUAUAGACAAUAUCCCCAUAGUCAAUACAGUGGCAGCAGCUUUCAGAUAGACAAUAUCCCCAUAGUCAAUACAGUGGCAGCUGCAUUUAUAUAGACAAUAUCCCCAUAGUCAAUACAGUGGCAGCUGCAUUUAUAUAGACGAUAUCCCCAUAGUCAAUACAGUGGCAGCUGCAUUUAUAUAGACAAUAUCCCCAUAGUCAAUACAGUGGCAGCUGCAUUUAUAUAGACAAUAUCGCCAUAGUCAAUACAGUGGCAGCUGCAUUUAUAUAGACAAUAUCCCCAUAGUCAAUACAGUGGCAGCUGCAUUUAUAUAGACAAUAUCGCCAUAGUCUAUAACCGGUAUGAAUGUCGACUGAAUUAUUUGUUUUCUGCUAUUUAAUGAAAGGCACGACCUAUUGCUAUAAAAGUCUUAAUUUCCUAACUAAUGCAUCAACAUGCUUUUUGAAAGAUAGCUUUUCGUCAAUCCAGAUGGCCAGAUAUUUAUAAGUCUAAAUUUAGCCGCGUUACUGUAGCUACAGCCUGCGCUGGGCUUGUGACAAUCCCCUGUGUGAAAUAUGAAUAUAACUGAGAGAAAUGUCUACUCAUUCAACACAUACAAAUGUAUUACAUGUCACAAUCAUGUUAUGUAUACAUGGAAUGAUGGAAUUCCAAAUAGCAUUCUGAAUCAGAGUGGUUGUUUUAUUUAGAGCUUGGCUCCUGUUUUCCUUUCUCUGCUUGAGUCUCAUGGUCUCUCCGCUGGGGAUAGCAACCCACUGAAAUGAUUGGGCUUGUGUGCUAGCUGGCUGUUGGGGUGUGCUUCCACUGCACUGUUCAUAGAAGACUAGGUCAAAAUGCAGAUAUGGGGGAGUCCAGGCUCCAUUUGAUAAAUAACGCCAAGUUGUGCCCAUGCUGGGAACCUAACACACACACUGGGAACCUAGCUAGCUAACAAAAUGCCGUCAGUGCAUGGAAGUGCUUCUGGUGUUGAGGCAUAUCCAUUAUCAGUUCCUAGCGUCAGAUCAGUUCUACACCUCACUGUUUAUCGGCCUACAUAAUGUCUAUGACAGUGAAUUAGAAUCAUCAUCACACUCUGGUAAGCAGAAGGAAAUCUAAAUGGAAUUUAAUGUGUUGAAGUGGGGAAGUGUUAAAGUACCACCACCAGCAUUUAGAUUCUACACUUCUACACAGCCUGGAUAGGUUCAACAGUACUCAGUAACUGAUACAUAACCUCUGACCUUUAACCUUUGACCUCUACCCUCUAACCCCACCUCAAUAUGAACCUCACGGCCCUGUCAUAUGACCCAGUUAUCAUCGUAAUGAACACGAUCUGGGUAGAGGAGGGGAACAAAUUGACAGCCUCUUCUGGAGGACUGGAUGGGAGACAAGUGUCUGACUCUGCUGUACUCUCUGUUCUCUUCCAGACCCUAAGGACGGCAGGGAAGGGUUAUUGUUCGGGUUAGAGGUCAGGGGUUAUAGGUCAAAUAUCAGUGUACACUCUUAGAAAAAAAGGUGUUAUCUAGAACCUAAAAGGGUUAUUCGGCUGUCCCCAUAGGAUAACCCUUUGAAGAACCCUUUUUGGUUCCAGGUAAAACCCCUUUGGUUCCAGGUUGAACCCUUUUGAGUUCCAUGUAAAACCAUUUCUACAGAAGGUUCUACAUGGAACCCAAAAGGGUUAUACCUGGAAUCAAAAAUAAUUCUACUUGGAACCAAAAAGGGUUCUUCUAAGGGUUCUCGUAUAGGGACAGCCAAAGAACCCUUUUGGAGUGUAUCUGACCCUCUGCUGUCUUCUCUCUCCCCUUCCAGACCCUGCGGGCAGCAGGGAAGACCUACAUGAUCUUCUUUGUGCUGGUGAUCUUCGUGGGGUCCUUCUACCUGGUCAAUCUGAUCCUCGCUGUGGUGGCCAUGGCCUAUGAGGAGCAGAACCAGGCCACAAUGGAGGAGGCUGAGCAGAAAGAGGCGGAGUUCAAGGCCAUGCUGGAGCAGAUCAAGAACCAGCAGGAGGCUGCACAGGUCAGUAUCCCAGUGUCUCUGUGUCUCAGCAUGUCUAUGUGGCUGCCAAAUGGCACCUUUUCCCUGAUACACUGUAUAAUGCACUACUUUUGACCAGGUAGUGCACUAUGUGGAGGGAAACGGGUGCCAUUUCAGAUGCAAUUCAUUGUAACCGUACACUGUUACACUGUAUAUGUGUUUGUUUCUUUGUCUUUGUUGUCACUGUCUCUGCAGGAGGCCGCACAGGUCAGUGUCUGUUCUGUCUGUUCUGUCUGUCUGUAUUUUCUGUCUGCCGGUCUGUCUGUCUGUCAUUCUGUCUGUCUGUCUGUCUGUCUUCCGGUCUGUCUGUCUGUCUGACUGUUCUGUGUGUCUGUAUUUUCUGUCUGUCUGUCUGUUCUGUGUGUCUGUAUUUUCUGUCUGUGUGUCUUUCUGUCUGUCUGUCUGUCUGUCUGUCUGUCUGUCUGUCUGUCUGCCGGUCUGUCUGUCUGUCUGUCUGUCUGUCUGUCUGUCUGUCUGUCUGUCUGUCUGCCUGUCUGUCUGUCUGUCUGUCUGUCUGUCUGUCUGUCUGUCUGUCUGUCUGUCUGUCUGUCUGUCCUGCCUGCCUGUCUGUCUGUCUGUCUGUCGGGCUGUCUGUCUGUCUGUCGGUCGGGUUGUCUGUCUGUUUGUCUGUCUGUCUGUCUGUCUGUCUGUCUGUCUGUCUGUCUGUCUGUCUGUCUGUCUGUCUGUCUGUCUGUCUGUCUCUCAUCAUCGCUCUGUGUAUACUGUACUGCCUGUGCUUACUAUACUCCAGUCCUAUCCUUGACUGUCUGUUUGGUUUAAAUCUGUUGUGUCUAAUAUAAGCAGUGGAGCCGUGUUCGUUACCGUGCUCCUAUACCUCACUGUGUUUGUGACGGAGGUGAGUAACCUUGCCUGAGACCUGAAGAUUUGCAUGGGCUUCCUGAGCCAAUGCCUAGGCUUUGGCUUAGCGGGCUAAUGCACUCUUUUGGCUCACAGCAAACUGGGCUUGGACCCCUGUCUGUCACAUAUGGCUAGUUUAAACCUGUUUAUCCUGAUAUAAGCUGUACAGCCAUGUCUCUGAAGCCAAGCUAUGCAAAAUGGCUGUUCUGCGUACUUGCUUAGCACAAAUACGCAAACUUGCACAGCCCCAAGUAAGUCAAGUGCAGCUGCAGCCCCGCAAUUUGUAUCUCGAUACAACUACACAGGAUUGCCAUUUUUGCGUAGCUAGCUAAAUGCAUUGCGUAUUUGCUUAGGGUAUAGAUUAGACUUCAGUAGGACUGGACACAGACAGGUGUUUUUCUCACUCUCUCUCCCGGUGUGGCGGUCUGCGAUAGGCCAAUGCCAUGGCGACGUCGGCGGGCACGGUGUCGGAGGACGUAGGGGAUGACGACGGCAGGGGGAACCUGUCCUGUAGCUCGUCAGAGAUGUCCAAGCUCAGCUCCAAGAGCGCCAAGGAGCGGCGCAACCGCAAGAAGAAGUGGCGCCAGAAAGAGCAGUCGCAGCGGGAGGAGAAGGGGGACUGCGAGAAAUUCAUCAAGUCCGAGUCGGACGACGGCAGCAAGAGGAGCCGCUUCCAUUUCCCUGACAACCGGCUAGGCCGCAAGUCUUCCAUCAUGAACCAGGUGAGAGGACCAGCGUCAAAGGUCACUGUUUGUCACUGUGCAAUGCAUUCCUGGAGGAAGACAGAAUAGGACUAAAUAACAGCAGUUCAUUUGAGGUCACAUAUUGACACUCCAAUGUUCAAAAUGAUUUUAGUUCCCUUCUAAGUAAAUUUAAACAUUAGGGUUUGGUUUCAGAUUAAGACUAUUUAGAGCUUUGUAACAGGGCUUCGACCACAGAGUAACAGGGCUUCAACCACAGAGUAACAGGGCUUCAACCACAGAGUAACAGGGCUUCAACCACAGAUACAUUCAUCAUAACCUGCUGUUGUAGCUAAAGAUACAGUGGCAUUCAUCAUAACCUGCUGUUCAAAUAAAAUAAAAUGUUAUUUGUCACAUGCCACCUUACCGUGAAAUCCUUACUUACAAGCCCUUAACCAACAAUGCAGUUCAAGAUAUUUACUAAAUAAAAUAAGGUAAAAAAUAAUAAAAAGUUACACAAUAAAAUAACAAUAACGAGGCUAUAUACUGGGGGUACCGGUACAGAGUCAAUGUGCGGGGGUACAGGUUAGUCGAGGUAAUUUGUACAUGUAGGUAGGGAUAAAGUGACUAUGCAUAGAUAGUAGCAGUGUAAAAACAAAUGGAGGAGGAGAGGGGGAAUGUAAAUAGUCCGGGUGGCCAUUUGAUUAAUUGUUCAGCAGUCUUAUGGCUUGGGGGUAGAAGCUGUUAAGGAGCCUUUUGGUCCUAGACUUGGCGAGAACAGUCUAUGACUUGGGUGACUGGAGUCUGACAAUUUUUUGGGCCUUCCUCUGACACCGCCUGGUAUAUAGGUCCUGGAUGGCAGGAAGCUUGGCUCCAGUGAUGUACUGGGCCAUACGCACUACCCUCUGUAGCGCCUUACGGUGAGAUGCUGAGUAGUUACCAUACCAGUCAGGAUGCUCUCGAUGGUGCAGCUUUAGAACUUUUUGAGGAUCUGAGGACCCAUGCCAAAUCUUUUCAUUCUCCUGAGGGGGAAUAGGCUUUGUCGUGCCCUCUUCACUACAGUUUUGGUGUGUUUGGACCCUGAUAGUUUGUUGGUGAUGUGGACACCAAGGAACUUGAAACUCUCGACCCGCUCCACUACAGCCCUGUCGAUGUUAAUGUGGGCCUGUUCGGCCCUCCUUUUCAUGUAAUCCACGAUCAGCUCCUUUGUCUUUCUCACAUUGAGGGAGAGGUUGUUAUCCUGGCACCAUACUGCCAGGUCUCUGACCUCCUCCCUAUAGGCUGUCUCAUCGUUGUCGGUGAUCAGGCCUACCACUGUUGUGUCGUCAGCAAACUUAAUGAUGGUGUUGGAGUCGUGUUUGGCCACGCAGUCGUGGGUGAACAGGGAGUACAGGAGGGGACUAAGCACGCACCCCUGAGGGCCCCCCGUGUUGAGGAUCAGCGUGGCAGAUGUGUUGUUGCCUACACUUCCCACCUGGGGGCGGCCCGUCAGGAAGUCCAGGAUCCAGUUGCAGAGGGAGGUGUUUAGUCCCAGGGUCCUUAGCUCAGUGAUUAGCUUUGUGGGCACUAUGGUGUUGAAUGCUGAGCUGUAGUCAAUGAACAGCAUUCUCACAUAGGUGUUCCUUUUGUCCAAGUAGGAAAGGGCAGUGUGGAGUGCGAUUGAGAUUGCGUCAUCUGUGGAUCUGUUGGGGCAGUAUGCGAAUUGGAGUGGGUCUAGGGUUUCCAGGAUGCUGGUUUUGAUGUGAGCCAUGACCAGCCUUUCAAAGCACUUCAUGGCUACCGACGUGCUAAGGGGCGGUAAUCAUUGUUGUAGCUAAAGAUACAGUAGCAUUCAUCCAAGGCUUGAAUUAUUAACAGUGAAUACAUUAAUGUUUCAGUAGAGCAAAGUGUUGUUUUGUUCUGGGGUCUUUCAUAUUGUACUGUUACUUAGGGGCAGGACAAUACCAGUAUUGCGAUACUCAUUAGCAUCGUGGCAAGGAAACAAAACACAAAGUGGAUUUAACUUCUUUAAUUAAACAGCCCUAAUGUUGGAAACAAAAAUCAUGAUGUUGUCAUCCAGAGUCACAUUUAUUUAUUUUCCAAGCUAUAGCACACAAUAUUUUACAUACAGCAGGUUUUUAAAGGACCAAAGAGUGUGGUCUGCUUCAUGUUUUCAUUUUUGCCAUGGACAAAAUAUUGCGAUACUGGUAUCGUCCCGGCCCUGCUGUAUCUGUUUGUCUCGCCCUGACCUAGAGAACUCUUGUUGGUUGGGUCAGGGUGUGAGUUCAGUUUGAGAUCUAUGUUAUUGUAUUUCUAUGUUGAAUCUAGUAUUUGUAUUUCUAUGUUUGGCCGGGUGUGAUUCCCAAUCAGAGGCAGCUGUCGCUCCUUGUCUCUGAUUGGGGAUCAUACUUAAGUAGCCUGGUUGCCUACCUUAGUUGUGGGAUCUUGUUUGUGUUCCUGGUUAGGCUUGUUGUGAGUAUAGCCCAUAGGACUUCACGUUACGUUGCUUUUGUUGUUUUGUCAAGUGUUUAUCUUCAUUAAUAAAUAUGUACACAUACCACGCUGCACCUUGGUCUGACCUGUCUCUCAACGAUUGUGACACUGUUCAACAACACAGGGCAGGACUCCAGCUUAUAGUAUAUGAGUAUUCAAACCCCUGAAAAUAACUGUUAUUUAAACGCAAAGCGAUGCAUUCAUGUGAUUUCUAUUGGUGUUAGAACUAGGUUUUUGUCAGAGACCAUCAUCAUUAUCAUCCGUACUAGAGAAUAGGCCCUCUCACCAGAUGAGUACUCACAGGCUAGUGACCAUAAACGUGUCAAAUCAGCAGAGUGAACACGUAUAUAACAGUAGUAAGAUGAUUGAUACAGUACAAGUCCAGGUUCACAGUGAGAACAGUAGUAGACACACUGCAGGCACGACUCCAACACUAUCAUUACGUUUGCCGAUGACACAACAGUGGUAGGCCUGAUCACCAACAACGACGAGACAGCCUAUAGGGAGGAGGUCAGAGACCUGGCAGUGUGGUGCCAGGAUAACAACCUCUCCCUCAACGUGAUCAAGACAAAGGAGAUGAUUGUGGACUACAGGAAAAGGAGGACUGAGCACACCCCCAUUCUCAUCGACGGGGCUGUAGUGGAGCAGGUUGAGAGCUUCAAGCUCCUUGGUGUCCACGUUACCAACAAACUAUCAUGGUCCAAACACACCAAGACAGUCGUGAAGGCACAACAAAGCCUAUUCCCCCUCAGGAGACUGAAAAGAUUUGGCAUGGGUCCUCAGAUCCUCAAAAAGUUAUACAGCUGCACCAUCGAGAGCAUCCUGACUGGUUGCAUCACUGCCUGGUAUGGCAACUGCUCGGCCUCCGACCGCAAGGCCUCCGACCGCAAGACACUGCCCAGUACAUCACUGGAUCCAAGUUUCCUGCCAUCCAGGACCUCUAUACCAGGCGGUGUCAGAGGAAGGCCCUAAAAAUGGUCAAAGACUCCAGCCACCCUAGUCAUAGACUGUUCUCUCUGCUACCUCACGGCAGCCGGUACCGGAGCGCCAAGUCUAGGUCCAAAAGGCUUCUUAACAGCUUCUACCCACAAGCCAUAAGACUCCUGAACAGCUAAUCAAAUGGCUACCCAUACUAUUUUUUACACACUUAGGAAUGUGAUCAGAACCUUAUCUUAUUCAUUUAGGCUAACCCCUGGCUUAGUCAGCCAGAUGCGGAGAUGGACAGCUGUCACUCUCGGCUGUGCGCGCGCUGACUACCUAGCAUUACGUUAGCUUUGAGCUCUUGAGUGUCGUGGACCUUUCGAUUAUUAUGGAUCCCUUCAACAGUUUGGAGCCUGUGAUAUCAGUUCCUGUUAGCCGAAAGAUUCAACUUUUUAAACAAGCUCAUGAAAAGGAGAGAGCCAAGAUUCAGCAACGGGAAACAAUAAUAGACUACUGGCUGCAAACCUACGGAGGGCUGAGGGCUGUGUCAGAGGGCUGUGUCAGAGGGCUGUGUCAGAGGGCUGUGAGAGGGCUGUGUCAGAGGGCUGUGUCAGAGGGCUGUGUCAGAGGGCUGUGUCAGAGGGCUGUGAGAGGGCUGUGUCAGAGGGCUGUGUCAGAGGGCUGUGUCAGAGGGCUGUGAGAGGGCUGUGUCAGAGGGCUGUGAGAGGGCUGUGUCAGAGGGCUGUGUCAGAGGGCUGUGAGAGGGCUGUGUCAGAGGGCUGUGUCAGAGGGCUGUGAGAGGGCUGUGAGAGGGCUGUGUCAGAGGGCUGUGUCAGAGGGCUGUGAGAGGGCUGUGUCAGAGGGCUGUCAGAGGGCUGUGUCAGAGGGAUGUGAGAGGGCUGUGUCAGAGGGCUGUGUCAGAGGGUUGUGAGAGGGCUGUGUCAGAGGGCUGUGUCAGAGGGCUGUGUCAGAGGGCUGUGUCAGAGGGUUGUCAGAGGGCUGUGUCAGAGGGCUGUGUCAGAGGGCUGUGUCAGAGCUGUGUCAGAGGGGCUGUUGUCAGAGGGCUGUGUCAGAGGGCUGUCAGAGGGCUGUGAGAGGGCUGUGUCAGAGGGUUGUGUCAGAGGGCUGUGUCAGAGGGUGUCAGAGGGCUGUGUCAGAGGGCUGUGUCAGAGGGCUGUGUCAGAGGGCUGUGAGAGGGCUGUGUCAGAGGGCUGUGAGAGGCUGUGUCAGAGGGCUGUGUCAGAGGGCUGUGUCAGAGGGCUGUGUCAGAGGGCUGUGUCAGAGGGCUGUGAGAGGGCUGUGUCAGAGGGCGUGUGAGAGGGCUGUGUCAGAGGGCUGUGUCAGAGGGCUGUGUCAGAGGGCUGUGUCAGAGGGCUGUGAGAGGGCUGUGUCAGAGGGUGAAGGGUGUGUCAGAGGGCUGUGUCAGAGGGUGUGUCAGAGGGCUGUGUCAGAGGGCUUGUAGAGGGCUGUGUCAGAGGGCUGUGUCAGAGGGUGGAGGGUGUGAGGGGCUGUGUCAGAGGGCUGUGAGAGGGCUGUGUCAGAGGGUGUGAGAGGGGGCGAGGUGUGUCAGAGGGCUGUGUCAGAGGGCUGUGUCAGAGGGCUGUGUCAGAGGGCUUUGUCAGAGGGCUGUGUCAGGGGGCUGUGUCAGAGGGCUGUGCCACUGCAACAAUAAGAAUCAAUCCAUCCUUGACCGGCAAUUAAUUAAAUCCUUCCCUAAAUUGUAUACAAUCAAACUCAAAAAGCUUCCCUGGAUUUAUCCUACAGAUAAAAACCUGUUAAACCCCCAGAAACUGUUUUCCAAAAGUUGCCGCUAAGAAAACCCACAUUGUAUAUACACUGUUCACCCUCUGGAUACAAUACAUCGGCUAUUUACACAAUAUAGUUGAAACAAAUGGAAUAUUUUAAUGUUGAUUUAAGUAUCGAUACUUUAUUACACGUAACUGUUUAAAACCCAAUUGGGAUAGUUUUUGUAUUGCAGUUCUGUUGUUUGGGGUGGAUAUAUAGCGUUUUGCCACAUAACAUGAUUAUUUGUCUAAAAUAAAAUUACCUUGGAAUAUAUUUCAAACUAAAUCAUGUCUGUCUCUUCAGUAGACCCUUUUAUUUUUGUAUUCUUUAUUUUUAUUUUUUAUUUAACCUUUAUUUAACUAGGCAAGUCAGUUAAGAACAAAUUCUUAUUUACAAUGACGGCCUACCAAAAGGCAAAGGCCUCCUGUGGGGACGGGGGCUGGGAUUUAAAAAUAAAAAUGUAGGACAAAACACACAUCACAACAAGAGAGACAACACAACACUACAUAAAGAGAGACCUAAGACAACAACAUAGCAUGGCAGCAACACAUGACAACACAGCAUGGUAGCAACACAACAUGACAACAACAUGGUAGCAACACAACAUAGCAGCAGCACAAAACAUGGUACCAACAUUAUUGGGCACAGACAACAGCACAAAGGGCUGUAUCAUGAAUGUCAUGGAUACAUUAGAACUAGUAGAUAUAUGGAGGCUUAAAUAUCCUGAUCUAGUUAGAUAUACAUGGCGGAGACUCAAUCAAGCUAGUCGUCUUGACUUCUUUCUUAUGUCAUUCUCGUUGGCACCAAAAGUUAAAAAAGUGUUGAUAGGGGACAGAAUGCGGUCGGACCAUCAUAUAAUUGGCAUAUACAUUACUCUUACUGAAUUUCCAUGUGGGCGAGGAUAUUGGAAAUUUAAUCAAAGCCUGUUGGAUGAUAACUUGUUUUUAACUAGGACAGAGGAAUUUAUAACUGAUUUUUUCUGACAUAACAUAGGUACAGCAAAUCCCCGUAUUGUAUGGGACACCUUUAAAUGUGCCUUUAGAGGCCAUGCAAUUCAGUACUCAUCUCGAAAACAAAAGCAAUUUAGGUCAAAAGAGUCCACAUUAACAACGGAAAUAGAAGGUCUAACAGAACAGAUACAGUGGGGAGAACAAGUAUUUGAUACACUGCCGAUUUUGCAGGUUUUCCUACUUACAAAGCAUGUAGAGGUCUGUAAUUUUUAUCAUAGGUACACUUCAACUAUGAGAGAUGGAAUCUAAAACAAAAAUCCAGAAAAUCACAUUGUAUGAUUUUUAAGUAAUUCAUUUGCAUUUUAUUGCAUGACAUAAGUAUUUGAUCACCUACCAACCAGUAAGAAUUCCGGCUCUCACAGACCUGUUAGUUUUUCUUUAAGAAGCCCUCCUGUUCUCCACUCAUUACCUGUAUUAACUGCACCUGUUUGAACUCGUUACCUGUAUAAAAGACACCUGUCCACACACUCAAUCAAACAGACUCCAACCUCUCCACAAUGGCCAAGACCAGAGAGCUGUGUAAGGACAUCAGGUAAAAUUGUAGACCUGCACAAGGCUGGGAUGGGCUACAGGACAAUAGGCAAGCAGCUUGGUGAGAAGGCAACAACUGUUGGCGCAAUUAUUAGAAAAUGGAAGAAGUUCAAGAUGACGGUCAAUCACCCUCGGUCUGAGGCUCCAUGCAAGAUCUCACCUCGUGGGGCAUCAAUGAUCAUGAGGAAGGUGAGGGAUCAGCCCAGUACUACACGGCAGGACCUGGUCAAUGACCUGAAGAGAGCUGGGACCACAGUCUCAAAGAAAACCAUUAGUAACACACUACGCCGUCAUGGAUUAAAAUCCUGCAGCGCACGCAAGGUCCCCCUGCUCAAGCCAGCGCAUGUCCAGGCCCGUCUGAAGUUUGCCAAUGACCAUCUGGAUGAUCCAGAGGAGGAAUGGGAGAAGGUCAUGUGGUCUGAUGAGACAAAAAUAUAGCUUUUUGGUCUAAACUCCACUCGCCGUGUUUGGAGGAAGAAGAAGGAUGAGUACAACCCCAAGAACACCAUCCCAACCGUGAAGCAUGGAGGUGGAAACAUCAUUCUUUUGGGAUGCUUUUCUGCAAAGGGGACAGGACGACUGUACCAUAUUGAGGGGAGGAUGGAUGGGGCCAUGUAUCGCGAGAUCUUGGCCAACAACCUCCUUCCCUCAGUAAGAGCAUUGAAGAUGGGUCGUGGCUGGGUCUUCCAGCAUGACAACGACCCGAAACACACAGCCAGGGCAACUAAGGAGUGGCUCCGUAAGAAGCAUCUCAAGGUCCUGGAGUGGCCUAGCCAGUCUCCAGACCUGAACCCAAAAGAAAAUCUUUGGAGGGAGCUGAAAGUCUGUAUUGCCCAGCGACAGCCCCUGAAACCUGAAGGAUCUGGAGAAGGUCUGUAUGGAGGAGUGGACCAAAAUCCCUGCUGCAGUGUGUGCAAACCUGGUCAAGACCUACAGGAAACGUAUGAUCUCUGUAAUUGCAAACAAAGGUUUCUGUACCAAAUAUGAAGUUCUGCUUUUCUGAUGUAUCAAAUACUUAUGUCAUGCAAUAAAAUGCAAAUUAAUUACUUAAAGAUCAUACAAUGUGAUUUUCUGAAUUUUUGUUUUAGAUUUUGUCUCUCACAGUUGAAGUGUACCUAUGAUAAAAAUUACAGACCUCUACAUGCUUUGUAAGUAGGAAAACCUGCAAAAUCGGCAGUGUAUCAAAUACUUGUUCUCCCCACUGUAGAUAGCAAUAAAAACUGUAACAUAGAGGCUCAGAAUAAAUUAGAGGAAAAACAAAAAGCAAUGGAGAAACUUAUUCAAGAAAGAUCAAGUGUAAUAUAUUAUAAAAAUAAAGCGAACUGGAUGGAAUAUGGGGGAAAAUGCACCAAAUUCUUUUUUAAUCUUCAACAUAGGAAUGCUACCAAAAAUAAUUUAUGGAAACUGGUUACAAAUUAUGGAGUCACCCAUGAUUCACCAAAUGAUAUUUUGAAGGAGGAAACAAAGUACUUUAAGCAUAUGUUUUUGUUUCAGUCGCCUCCAUCUCCUCUAACUGAAGCUAAUUGUAGAGAUAUUUUUUUCUAUUGAUAAUGUAAAAUGAACAGCCAUACAGAAAGACUCACGUGAAGGUGAAAUUACAGAGGAGGAACUUCUGGAUGCAAUUAAAGACUUUAAGUCCGGGAAAACUCCAGGGUUGGAUGGCAUACCAGUCGAGGUAUACCAAACCUUUUUUGAUAUACUCAGAGGACCGUUAUUAGCAUGUUUUAAGCCACUGCUAUGUAAAUGGUAGAUUAUCAGACACUCAAGAAGAAGGUCUGAUUUCAUUAUUACUGAAACAGGAUACAAGUGGAAAAUAUAAAGAUCCAGUCCAUUACAAAAAUUGGCGGCCCCUUACACUUCAGUGUUGUGAUGCAAAGAUUCUAGCAAAAUGUAUAACGCAUAGAAUUAAAAAGGUAUUGUUGGACAUUAUUCAUUCUAAUCAGACAGGUUUUUUACAUGGGCGAUACAUUGGAGAUAAUAUAAGGCAAGUACUGGAAACAAUAGAACACUAUGAAAAAUCUGGGAAAACAGGCCUACUAUUCAUAGCAGACUUCGAAAAGGCAUUUGAUAAAGUACAGCUGGGGUUUAUAUAUACUGUAGAAGCAUACCAGAUGGACAUCAUGAAAAUGAUCGGAGGAAGUUCAGGAGUAAAAACAAACAAAAUAUAAUUAUUGACUGUGUCCAUAAAAUGUAUAUAGUAUGUAUAAGCUGGAAGUAGAGGCCUAAGCAUUGUUGUUCACUAGUUUACUCCAAUUAGGGAAGGGAUGGUGGGGUUGGAAAGUAAUAAAGGGAAAUAUAUAUAUUUUUAAAAGAUGUGUAUGUAUAUAUGUAUGUAUAUGCGUAUAUGUAUGUAUGUGUAUGUAUGUGUGUGUGUGUGUGUGCGUGUAUGUAUGUAUGUAUGUGUAUAUAUAUAUAUAUAUAUGCGGCGAAAAAAGAAGAAAAUAAAACAUAUGAUGCAGAUGAUGGAAGUGAUGCUGACAAUUACAUUGAUUGAAGUUACAAUCUAUCUGCAAUAUUAAAGCUGAUCUACCCACUAAGAAAAAAAAAAGAAGGUAGAGACAACACAUCACGCGAAGCAGCCACAACUGUCAGUAAGUGUCCAUGAUUGAGUCUUUGAAUGAAGAGAUGGAGAUAAAACUGUCCAGUUUGAGUGUUUUUUGCAGCUCGUUCCAGUCGCUAGCAUGACCUUUGUUUUGGAGGUGUUCAGAACAAGGUUAAGGGCAGAGAAAGCUUGUUGGACAGUAAGAAAGCUUGGUUGUAGUGUUUAACACAAAAUCUGGGGAUGGGCCAGUUGAGUAUAAGACUGUAUCAUCUGCAUGGAUGAGAGAGCUUCCUACUGCCUGAGCUAUGUUGUUGAAUGUCACGGUAAGAUGAAAAAAUAAUAGCACUGUCUCUUUGACAAGAUGUGUUUUUAUUUUGAAUUAAUGUAAAUUUACAGACAUUUCUGAAAAUGGCUUCAUUUAGACAGAAAUAGACGUUGAGAGAAAGGCAGGAGGAUAUCAAGUAGCAGAGGUGGUUGUGGAGAUCGAACCCAUGACCUUCAGCGCUAUGAUGUGAUUUGUGUUACAACUAUAUACAUUUCAAUCAUUCACUCACUCGUCUCCUAUCCUUAUUUCCUCUCCUUGUCUCCUUGUCCCCUGCAGUCCCUCCUCAGUAUCCCCGGCUCACCGUUUCUGUCGAGGCACAACAGCAAGAGCAGCAUCUUCAGCUUCAAGGGCCGCGGCAAAGACGUGGUCUCAGAAAAUGAGUUUGCCGACGACGAGCACAGCACAGUGGAAGAGUGCGAAGAGAGACGGGGCUCCCGGUUCAGCCCGUACCGGCGGAGCAGCUACACGGGCUACCACCACGGCGGCGGGAAGAGGAACUCGACGGUGGACUGCAACGGCGUGGUGUCUCUGAUCAGUCCGGGGACCGGCGGACGCCUUCUGCCUGAGGUGAAAAUAGAUAAGGCAACUGGUGACGACAGUGUAAGGAAGUCAAUGAGUAACUCAGACCCGUCUUGUCUAGGCAUGGCCCCCUCCUUCUCGCUCUUACUCUCUCUCUCUCUCUCUCUCUCUCGACUUUCUCGCUUCCCUCACUUUCUUAUUCUCUCUCUCUCUUCUCGACUUUCUUCUUUGCAAGUCCGUAUGUCUGCGCUAUCUGCGCUCGCCCUCCUCCCCUGCUCCUAGUAUGUAGUGUAUGCUAUGCUGCCCCCCAACACUAGCCAAAUAAGCAAAAUAGAGAAACUUUAGUUUAUCAGAAAAAAAGGUUCUUAUUGUUACUUUAUAACUGGGUUUUUCAGUGACUUCCAACAUACUGUUGUUUUAUAUCUCAAGGUUUUGAUUUCCACACGCCAAACAGUGUGACAUUACAUUGACAUUAAAGGGAUAGUUAGAGAUUUUGGCAAUUAAGCCCUUGCUCCUGUAGACUUCCAGUCAUUGCGCUAACGUUAGUUAGUAUUGGCUCCAGAAACUACCUUCAACUUCCUUCAAACUGCACACAGGGACAUUCAAAUGGUAUACACGAGUUCAUCUGACUCUGGGUAAAUAAAAAAGGGCUUAAUUGCCAAAGUCUUGAACUAUUUCUUUAACAUUUUACAAAUUUAGCAAACUCUCUUAUCUUAAGGGCGACAAACAGUCAGUGCCUUCAACUAAAAUACAGUAGGUAAAAACAACCACAUAUCACAGUCAUUGUAAGUAAAAACCCUCUUCAAAAUAGCCAAAAUAGUCCCUUCCUUUUCAAACAAUCCGCAGUGAACAAACCAAACAAAACAAAAAAGCCAAACCAAUGUUUCUCUCGUGCUAGUAAGCAGCAUGGUAGUUUGACCUGGCCCUUCUACAGGUGUUGUACAGUGUUUCUAACUUAGCCAGCAUGAUAGCAACUAAUCUAGUGACUAUGGUGUCUCUCCUCUCCUUCUCUUUGACUUGGUGCAUGCUCAAUGCAUGACGACUGGAAGGAUCUCAAUCCCAAUAAUGUUGCCCCUAAUGUUCUCUACGGUAACCACACUACUCUUCCCUCUACGUUCUCCUCAAAUGCUACAGGAUUUUUUACAAGACUUGAAGGUGAUAUUCUAGGGUCAAAAAGUACUAUCACAUAGUGUGGAGUACUGAGUAUGGAGGCGUUAAGGACAGGAUAAUGAUUAGAAGGUAAAAUAUAGUGGCAGAAUUGGCACAUUUAGGCAGGGGGACAUUUAGGUUGGUUCAGACGUAAUGGUUGGUUCAGAGAAUAGGUAAGUAACACUGUGAAUACAUAAACACACGUACAAAACACUUCCCUUCUCAAUUUCUGAAUAUUCAAAUGUUAUUCAAGUAUUAUGUAAUAAGGUCACAAUAAUAGUCAAAUAUUGCUAUACCACUGCUCUCACUCUGGCUGUGAAUGACCUGCAUGUUUCUAGACACAGCAUACUCUCCCUACCAUCAGCGUCCAUCGAUAACAAGACAAAUACAUUACUACCCUGUGUGCCAACCAAAAAUUUACCAACUUACAAUUUAUCCCACCCUUCCGUCCAAUCCAAUCCAAUCUUGUUACAAGUGCACUUCCCUCCCUGGCCAGCGAUGGCGCUGUACGGUGGUGUUCAUGGUUUGACUACCAUCAGUGCUUGAUUCUUCUUCUUCCUCCUGGCAGCCCACUACUGAGGUUGAGGUGAAGAAGAAGCUGUCUGGUUCCCUGAUGGUGUCUGUGGACCAGCUCAAUACCUCCUUCGGAAGGAAAGAGCGGGCCAACAGUGUCAUGAGCGCCAUCACCAACACUCUAGCGGAGGGUACUGCCCCUAUGCUUUAAAGCUCCCUACACCUAACAAGUUUCAAAUCUGAUGUAGAAGAAAGGCAUAUUUUCUUAGUCUAAAUUCUCUCUUACCUUUUUGGAGGAACAGUUAUUUCUAUCUCACUGCUUUAAGAUACAGUGAGGGACAAAAGUAUUUGAUCCCCUGCUGAUUUUGUACGUUUGCCCACUGACAAAGACAUGAUCAGUCUAUAAUUUUAAUGGUAGGUUUAUUUGAACAGUGAGAGACAGAAUAACAACAAAAAAAUCCAGAAAAACGCAUGUCAAAAAUGUUAUACAUUUAUUUGCAUUUUAAUGAGGGAAAUAAGUAUUUGACCCCUCUGCAAAACAUGACUUAGUACUUGGUGGCAAAACCCUUGUUGGCAAUCACAGAGGUCAGGCUACAUUUCUUGUAGGUGGCCACCAGGUUUGCACACAUCUCAGGAGGGAUUUUGUUCCACUCCUCUUUGCAGAUCUUCUCCAAGUCAUUAAGGUUUCGAGGCUGACGUUUGACAACUCGAACCUUCAGCUCCCUCCACAGAUUUUCUAUGGGAUUAAGGUCUGGAGACUGGCUAGGCCACUCCAGGACCUUAGUGUGCUUUUUCUUGAGCCACUCCUUUGUUGCCUUGGCCGUGUGUUUUGGGUCAUUGUCAUGCUGGAAUACCCAUCUACGACCCAUUUUCAAUGCCCUGGCUGAGGGAAGGAGGUUCUCACCCAAGAUUUGACGGUACAUGGCCCCGUCCAUCGUCCCUUUGAUGCAUUGAAGUUGUCCUGUCCCCUUAGCAGAAAAACACCCCCAAAGCAUAAUGUUUCCACCUCCAUGUUUGACGGUGGGGAUGGUGUUCUUGGGGUCAUAGGCAGCAUUCCUCCUCCUCCAAACACGGCGAGUUGAGUUGAUGCCAAAGAGCUCGAUUUUGGUCUUGUAGCCCAUUCCAGCCUUGUGUAGGUCUACAAUCUUGUCCCUGACAUCCUUGGAGAGCUCUUUGGUCUUGGCCAUGGUACAGAGUUUGGAAUCUGAUUGAUUGAUUGCUUCUGUGGACAGGUGUCUUUUAUACAGGUAACAAGCUGAGAUUAGGAGCACUCCCUUUAAGAGUGUGCUCCUAAUCUCAGCUCAUUACCUGUAUAAAAGACACCUGGGAGCCAGAAAUCUUUCUGAUUGAGAGGGGGUCAAAUACUUAUUUCCCUCAUUAAAAUGCAAAUCAAUUUAUAAAAUUUUUGACAUGCGUUUUUCUGGAUUUUGUUGUUGUUAUUCUGUCUCUCACUGUUCAAAUAAACCUACCAUUAGAAUUAUAGACUGAUAAUUUCUUUGUCAGUGGGCAAACGUACAAAAUCAGCAGGGGAUCAAAUACUUUUUUCCCUCACUGUAAGAUAAGAUCCGAUUUUUAUCGAAUGGGACCAACUGAGGUGCCCUGCACGCUCAUUGGACGAACAGUUCUAAAUCUCCUAUAUCUGUAUCUAUAGCUACACUGAAUGUACAAAACAUUAGGAACACCUUCCUAAUAUUGAGUUGCACCCCCCCUUUUGCCCUCAGAACAGCCUCAAUUCAUCGAGGCAUGGACUCUACAAGGUGUCAAGCGUUCCACAGGGAUGCUCGCCCAUGUUGACUCCAAUGCUUCCCACAGUUGUGUCAAGUUGGCUGGAUGUCCUUUGAGUGGUGGACCAUUCUUGAUACACACUGUAAAACUGUUGAGCGUGAAACACCCAGCAGCGUUGCAGUUCUUGACACAAACCGGUGCGCCUGGCACCUACUACAAUACCCCUGUCAAAGGCACUUACAUUUUUUGUCUUGUCCAUUCAUCCUCAGAAUGGCACACAUACACAAUCCAUGUCUCGAUUGUCUCAAUGCUUAAAAAUCAUUUUUUAACAUGUGACAUCAAUAAGGGAUCAUAGCUUUCACCUGGAUUUGCCUGGUCAGUCUGUCAUGGAAAGAGCAGGUGUUCCUAAUGUUUUGUACACUCACUGUAUAUCUUGUCAUUCUUGUACUGACAGAUACUUCAUGACAGACAUAUUAUUAUAUAUUACAUAUACAGAACGUAUUAUUAUUUCGUAACAUUUAUCAGUAGCAGACCUUGAUUCAAAAACGAUUUGCUUUCUUUCAAAUACUUUUCCUUUAGCCUGCCUGGAGUGGCACGUUGGUGGGGGUUUGCACUGUUGGGGACUUUUCUAUUGUUUAGAUUUUUGAUAUAUUCCUUUCCUGGCGGGUCUCUUAAACAAUUUUCUCAGAACUGGAGGAGUCCCAGCGUAGUUGUCCACCGUGCUGGUAUAAGUUCUCCAACAUCUUCCUCAUCUGGGAGUGUUGUCCCAUCUGGUUGAAAAUCAAAGAGAUCGUCAACCUGAUCGUCAUGGACCCCUUCGUGGACCUGGCCAUCACCAUCUGUAUCGUCCUCAACACCCUCUUCAUGGCAAUGGAGCACUACCCCAUGACCCCGCACUUUGAGGAGGUGCUGUCCGUGGGAAACCUGGUGAGGAUUUCACUAUCUCUUUUUUGUGUGGUAUUACUGCAAUCGCUUUAAUUUUACAGUUGUUUUAAGCUGGUACUUACAGGGCACUUCACCACUUUUUAACCUUAAAAAGUGGUGCAGUGCCCCUUUAAAAGGUACUUUAAGCUGGUACUUUGAGCUGGGACUAACCUGGUAUUUGUAUAGUAUUAAAACCCCAUUCGACAAAUGACGAGUGGCCUCAUUGGCGGAAUGUUAUUAAUAUUUUUCAUAAUAUCAUAAUUAAUCAAAACAUUUCUUUUUUUAAACAGCCGAAAAUCUGGUGUUUCUAUGUCAAACAGUUUUGUUAUAUUUCAGUCUUCUGUGAUGUAUAUAACGUGUAAUAUUGGGUUGCAAACUCUAAAUGUAAUGCAUUUCAACUCUAUAUCUGACAUAGUACAGGUGUCUUCUUUUUUUAAAAGCCUAUAACCAUGUGUGUGAGGUGUAUACUUUGUUACAAAGUAGAUUUGUUUAAGACUACCAAGUAACACUCUGUGUGACCCUGAUUUAGCCCACUGCAGUAAAAGGUUAACUAAGAAAGUAUGUGGAAGCGUAGAGGCCAGGGGACAGGAAGGACUGUAGGAGAGUAUGUGCCAAAUUGGUAGUGGGACAGAUACACUACAUGGCCAAAAGUAUGUGGACACCUGUUCGUCAAACAUCUCAUUCCAAAAUCAUGGGCAUUAAUAUGGAGUUGGUCGCCCCUUUGCUGCUAUAACAGCCUCCACUCUUCUGGGAAUGCUUUCCACUAGAUGUUGGAACAUUGCUGUGGGGACUUGAUUCCAUUCAGCCACAAGAGCAUUAGUGAGGUUGAUUAGAACUAGUGUUGGGUGAUUAGAACUGGCUCGCAGUCGGCGUUCCAAUUCAUCCCAAAGGUGUUCGAAGGGAUUGAGGUCAGGGCUCUGUGCAGGCCAGUCAAGUUCUUCCACACCGAUCUCGACAAACCAUUUCAGUAUGCACCUUGCUUUGUGCACGGGGGCAUUGCCAUGCUGAAACAGGGAAGAGCAAAGUUGGAAGCACAGAAUCGUCUAGAAUGUCAUUGUAUACUGUAGUGUUAAGAUUUACCUUCACUGGAACUAUGAAAAACAGCCCCAGACCAUUAUUCCUCCUCCACCAAACGUUACAGUUGGCACUAUGCAUUGGGGCAGGUAGCGUUCUCCUGGCAUCCGCUAAACCCAGAUUCGUCCGUGGGACUGCCAGAUGGUGAAGUGUGAUUCAUCAAUACAGAGAACGCAUUUUCACUGCUCCAGAGUCCAAUGGCGUCGAGCUUUGUAAGGCUGCUCGGUCAUGGAAACCCAUUUCAUGAAGCUCCCGACGAACAGCUCUUGUGCUGACGUUGAUUCCAGAGGUAGUGAGUGAUGCAACCGAGGACAGACGAUUUAGCGCAUGUCGGUCCCGUUCUGUGAGCUUGUGCGGCCUACCACUUCGCGGCUGAGCCGUUGUUCCUCCUAGACGUUUCCACUUCACAAUAACAGCACUUACAGUUGACCGGGGCAGCUCUAGCAGGGCAGAAAUUUGACAAACAGACUUAUUGGAAAGGUGGCAUCCUAUGACGAUGCCACGUUGAAAGUCAAUGAGCUCUUCAGUACCGGCCAUUCUACUGCCAGUGUUUGUCUAUGGAGAUUGCAUGGCAGUGUGCUCGAUUUUAUACACCUGUCAGCAACGUGUGUGGCUGAAAUAGCUGAAUCCACUAAUUUGAAGGGGUGUGAUAUAUAUGCGUGUGGACUAAGCGCUAGCUAGACCACUCCAGGCCAAUCUCUCUUCUAAGAGGGUCGAAGGAGAGAGAGAGAGAGAGGAGAGAGAGAGCGAGAGAGAGAACAGAGAGAGCAGAGAGAGAGAGAGAGAGAGGAGCGAGAGAGAGAGAGAGAGAAAGAGAGAGGAGAGAGAGAGAGCAGAGAGAGGAGAGAGAGAGAGAGAGGAAGAGGAGAGAGAGAGAGAAGAAAGAUAGAGAGACGAGAGAAAAAGAAAGCGAAACUAUCUGCUGGCUCUCUCCUCUCUCUCUCUCUCUCUCUCUCUCUCUCUCUCUCUCUCUCUUCUCUCUCUCUUCCCUCUUCUCCUCUCUCUCUCUCUCUCUCUCUCUCUCUCUCUCUCUCUCUCUCUCUCUCUCUCUCUCUCUCUCUCUCUCCCUCUUUCUCUCACACUAUCGUUUACGUUGCACAUCCAUCAUAACUCCAUUGAUAUUGUAUUCUUUAAAAAAAAAGAACAGAAUCUGUUAUUUGAUCGUUAUCUCGUCCUUGUGGUUGUUCGUUGACAAUGACAUCUCCUCAUAUUAAAUCUUGUCGUCUGCUGAGAGAGCUGUGUUAUUUUUGUACACAUUAUAGGCAGUUAUUUUAUUGGCUAUUCAAAACCAAAUGAAAACAUUCCCAGACCCCCUACAGUUUCCCUGUAUCAAUCCACGUCUUCCUCAUGUCUUCCCGCAGUACUUGUACCCUCAUUCCAUCUCUUUUCUUCUCUCCGUCCUCUCCCCUCUGUCUGUCCCCUUCUCUUUUCUUCCCUACUCCCCUCCCUCUUUCUCUCUUCUCUCCUUCUCUUCCCCUCUCUCCUUACGUUUGUCAUUUUAGUCAUUUAGCAGACGCUCUUAUCCAGAGCGACUUACAGUAGUGAGAGCAUACAUUUUCAUACUUUUUCGUACUGGUUCCCCGUGGGAAUCGAACCAACAACGCUGGCGUUGCAAGCGCCAUGCUCUACCCCUCAUCGAGCUCCCCAUUUCUUACAUGCGACUGGUCUGUAGAGGGGCGUCUCUCCCUCUUUCUCUCUCCUAUCCCGUGAUUCCGCUAUGCUGCUGUGUCCAGACAGCACUCUGUUUCACUCUCCCUGCUACGUCUCUGUGCUGCCUGCCAGGCUGGUAGGAGGCCACUCUCCCUGCUACGCCAGGCUGGUAGGAGGCCACUCUCCCUGCUACGUCAGGCUGGUAGGAGGCCACUCUCCCUGCUACGUCAGGCUGGUAGGAGGCCACUCUCUCUGCUACGUCAGGCUGGUAGGAGGCCACUCUCCCUGCUACGUCAGGCUGGUAGGAGACCACUCUCCCUGCUAUGCCAGGCUGGUAGGAGGCCACUCUCCCUGCUACGCCAGGCUGGUAGGAGGCCACUCUCCCUGCUACGUCAGGCUGGUAGGAGGCCACUCUCCCUGCUAUGCCAGGCUGGUAGGAGGCCACUCUCCCUGCUAUGCCAGGCUGGUAGGAGGCCACUCUCCCUGCUACGUCAGGCUGGUAGGAGGCCACUCUCCCUGCUACGUCAGGCUGGUAGGAGGCCACUCUCCCUGCUACGCCAGGCUGGUAGGAGGCCACUCUCCCUGCUACGCCAGGCUGGUAGGAGGCCACUCUCCCUGCUACGUCAGGCUGGUAGGAGGCCACUCUCCCUGCUACGCCAGGCUGGUAGGAGGUCUACAUUCAUAUGUUAUGCUGCCUGAUUGAUUAGCUCCUCUAAAAUGGGACCUGAAUCACGGCUCUCUCCCUCUGAAAACCCAAACUAGCAUUUCUACAGAAACGGUGUCCAAUUCCUGAGCUGCACAUUUCAUCAUAUUCUACUGGCAUGUUAGCAUGGAUAGCUUGUUUAUUUGAUUAGACCUACUAGCUAAUGCUAGCUAAAGCUAAUAGCUAAUACUGUUAUCAUGGAUAGCAUAGCGGUAUAAGACAGUCACUCUGUUUGUGGUAAGGCUGUGAUAUUUAUAACAGCGGUUUGAGCAAUAAUAGCAGCUGAAAAAUGUAUCACUUUCAUUAAAUUGUGAGAAACAGAUAUGCUCUUCACAGCCUGAUGAAGAUAACAUGCAAUAUGUAACUUACUAUCUGAUUUGAUUAGAGCAGUGUGUGUGUAUGUGUGAAAUAGUUGUACACAACAGUGUAUUAUAGGGUUGGGAAUUGCCAGGGACCUCACGAUAUGAUAUUAUCAUGAUACUUAGAUGCCGAUAUGAUAUGUGUUACGAUUCUCACGAUUCUAUUUGUAUUGCGAUUCGAUACUGUUAUUUUAUUGUGAUUCGAUGUUCCAAACAUAUUGCUCACAAUGUCUGCUGCAAAGGGACAAGAGAGAGCCAUUAGAAAACGAGUUUUGAUCAGUCAUGGAAAUAAAAGUGCUGAAAACAAAUUGGCUCACUAUUUAAAAAGAAGAAAGAGAACAAGCUAUGAAGGAAAAAUACUGGAGUUUUGGUGCAGGUACAGCUAACUAGCACAGAUACAGCCCUCUGCCCUGCCACGCCUUGAUCUAUGGACACCUUAUCUGACUCCACGAUUAACUAUGACCUUCAAUCAUUUAUUAGACUCAGAUUAACUACGACGUUCAGUCAUUCAUUAGACUCAGAUUAACCAUGAUCUUCAGCCAUUCAUCAGAAUCAGAUUAGCUAUGACCUUCAGUGGUGGAAAAAGUACCCAACUGUCAUACUUGAGUAAAAGUAAAGAUACCUUCAUAGAAAAUGACUCAAGUAAAAGUGAAAGUCACCCAGUAAAAUACUACUUGAGUAAAAUUCUAAAAGUAUUUGGUUGUAAAUAUACUUAGGUAUCAAAAGUAAAUGUAAUUGCUCAAAUAUACUUAAGUAUCAAAAGUAAAAGUAUGAAUAAUUUCAAAUUCUUUAAAUUAAGCAAACCAGAUGGCACAAUUUCCUUUUUAUUUUUAUUUAUUUAUGGAUAGCCAGGGGCACACUCCAACACUCAGACAUCAUUUACAAACGAAGCAUUUAUGUUUAGUGAGUCCGCCAGAUCAGAGGCAGUAGGGAUGACCAGGGAUGUUCUCUUGAUAAGUGUGUGAAUUGGAACACUUUCUGUCCUGCUAAGCAUAAAAAAUGUAACAAGUACUUUUGGGUGUCAGAGAAAAUGUAUAGAGUAAAAAGUACUUUAUUUUCUUUAGGAAUGUAGUGAAGUAAAAGUUGUCCAAAAUAUAAAUAGUAAAGUAAAGUACAGAUACCCCAAAAGACUACUUAAGUAGUACUUUCAAGUAUUUUUACUUAAGAUUUUACAUCACUGAUGACCUUCAGCCAUUCAUUAGAAUCAUAUUAACUACGACCUUCAGCCAUUAAUUAGAAUCAGAUUAACUAUGACCUUCAGCCAUUCAUUAGAAUCAGAUUAGCAGAACACAGAGGUGUCACAAUGUCCUUACUGACUUCAGAGCAGCUGUGAGAUUUGGAAAGACAAAAUGUCACUGUCCUGGGGGGCUAGUUUUGCACAUGUUCCCGGUCUGAAAAGUACUAGCCUCGGGCUAGCGGUCUAUCUUAAUUUCCAUGUAAGAUAGUGCUCACUGCUCCCUUUUUGAAUAAUUACAGUACGAGUUCCUACAGUACAUCUGACCUCUGUUUGUCCUUUUAACAAGGUAAAGGUUCCAGUAGCAGUUACUCUAACUGACCUCUGACCUCUCUCCGUCCCUGCCAGGUGUUCACAGGGAUAUUUGCUGUGGAGAUGUUUGCCAAGCUGGUUGCCAUGGAUCCCUACUACUACUUCCAAGAGGGGUGGAACUGCUUCGACGGCUUCAUUGUGACCCUGUCCUUAGUGGAGCUGGCAUUGGCUGACGUGGAGGGGCUGUCCGUGCUCAGAUCAUUCCGAUUGGUAAAUUAUAUUUUAGCCCCGCCCUCCCCCCAAAAUAUAAAUGUUUGUUGUGUACUGAAAUGAUAUUAAAUACACAGUGUGCACUGAUUCAAAUACUGAAUGAUUACAUAGUGUUGCUCAGCUACAGCACUGUCUCUAUUAUAGUCAUACAUUUACGUAUGUGCAAUAUCACUUAUAUACUGCUUUACUAGUCUAUGUACUGCUACUUUUCACUACAGAUGUAGGGUCUUAAUUUCAGCCAGUUUGCUACAGCAGGAAAAUAAUCCUGCAGUAACAGGAAAUGUGAAUUAUUAUGUGAAUUAUAAUUAAUGGACCUUUUUGUAAAAGUUGCUACAUUUUUUGUUAGGGCAAAUAAAGUCUGAUUUCAAAGUGGAAAUUACACAUUUUAGAAGACUUUUAAAAACUCAAAUACACUACAAGUUUGCAUUUCCUGCUGUGCAUGAAAAUUCUCAGCAACAAAAGAGUGAUCGAAUUAAGAUCCUACAUCUGUGCAACUGCUACUUCUACUACUACCUCUAUAGCAAUUACCAUACCAAUACCCCAAGAGUCAUUGCUGCAACAGGGCUAUUGAUCACUCAACCUGAUAAUAUGUAUUUUCCUCUCUCCCUUCUUCUGUCAUUCUCACAUCUUCUCUUCCUCCACCCCCCCCCCCCCCCUCUCAGCUGAGAGUGUUUAAAUUGGCCAAGUCGUGGCCCACACUCAACAUGCUGAUCAAGAUUAUCGGUAACUCUGUGGGCGCCCUGGGAAACCUGACCCUCGUCUUAGCUCUCAUCGUCUUCAUAUUUGCCGUGGUUGGCAUGCAGCUGUUCGGCAAGAACUACAAGGACUGUGUGUGUAAGAUCGCCCUGGACUGUAAGCUGCCCCGCUGGCACAUGCACGACUUCUUCCACUCAUUCCUGAUGGUGUUCCGGGUGCUGUGUGGGGAGUGGAUCGAGACCAUGUGGGACUGCAUGGAGGUGGCUGACCAGGGCAUGUGUCUCAUCGUCUUCAUGAUGGUCAUGGUCAUCGGGAACUUGGUGGUAAGUGUCCCCAGAGUGUGUCGUUGGGGUGGGGGAAUGUUAGCCUCCCCGUAGGACAGUUCUCAAACCCCAGUCACCAUGACAAGGGAAGUGACUGUAACCGCUGGCCCAAGAAACGUAAGUCUCUGGGGAGAGCAGUUUGCUGUCUUAUGAACGCCAGAUUCGUUACGUUACCCCCACAGAACAAGAGAGAGAGUCCCAUGCUACCCACCCUCACGUCUGACCAAUCAUGUCUCCUCUCCUCCCUAUAGGUGUUGAAUCUUUUCCUUGCCUUGCUGCUGUCCUCGUUCAGCGCAGACAACUUAGCCGCAACAGACGACGACGGAGAGAUGAACAACCUUCAGAUCUCCGUCAUCCGUAUCAAGAAGGGGAUCGCCUGGUUCAAGAUCAAGUUGGCAGAGUUGGUGCUCAGCUUGACCAAGAAACCACAGGUGGAGGAUGAACAGAAACCUUUAGACGACAUGUACGACAAGAAACUGAACUGUAUCGCCAACCACAGCGGUGUGGAUAUCAACCGCGACCUGGACUACACCAAGAAUGGUAACGGCACCACUAGUGGUAUAGGGAACAGCAUCGGGAGGUACUUGAUCGACGAGGACCACAUGUCAUUCAUCCACAACCCUAACCUGACCGUGUGCGUUCCCAUCGCGGUGGGAGAGUCCGACUUCGAGAACCUCAACACCGAGGACUUCAGUAGUGAGUCGGAGAACGAGAACAGCAAAGAGGUGAGUGAACAGAUUUAGUUAGCCACAUUUUUUAUGAAUAUGUACUGUAUGUGUUGUCAUAUCAACAUGGCUCUGAUGAAAAGUAGUACACGAUAAGGAAUAGGGUGCCAAUUUAGAUGCACUCAUAGUUUAUCUCUUGUUAAUUAUGUUUUGGUAAUGUUGCAGGAGGUAAUGUUGGGGUUCUGUUAUAUUAAUGUUUUGGUAAUGUUGGAGGAGGUAAUGUUAGGGUUAUGUUGUAGUAAUGUUGUGGUAAUGUUGUAGGAGGUAAUGUUGGGGUUAUGUUGUAGUAUUGUUGUGGUAAUGUUGCAGGAGGUAAUGUUGGGGUUAUGUUGUAGUAAUGUUUUGGUAAUGUUGCAGGAGGUAAUGUUGGGGUUAUGUUGUAGUAAUGUUGUGGUAUUUUUGCAGGGGGUAAGUAAUGCUGUGGUUAUUUUGUAGUUAUGUUGUGGUAAUGUUGUAAUAAUGUUGCAGUAAUGUGGCAUGGGGUUAAUGUUGUGGUAGACAAAUGUUGUGGUUAUGUUGUAGUAAUGUUGCAGUUUUGUUUGGUAGUUUUGUGGUUAUGUUGUAGUAAUGUUUUGGUAAUGUUGUGGCAAUGUUAUUGUAAUGUUGUGGUAAUGCUUUAACUCCAUGGUUGUUAUUGUUGUUGUGGUCUCCUGGCUGUAAAGCAUGGGUGUGGUCACCAGUGUAACAAUAGUUUCCUGCCCAAGGCUCUGAUGUAUACACACACUCAUUUACUAAUGGCUACAGCAGUGGAUGAAAUGGAUAUAUCUGCUGACUGCUGUUCUUUUUUUCUUUCUUAAAAGGCUGUAAAUACAUGUAGGAGUAUGGAGUAUAGAAUGGAGUAUAGAAUGGAUGGUUUGAAAUGGAUAUCUGCUGACUGCUGUUCUUUUGGAGUAUAGAAUGGAUGGUUUGUCUUUUUAUAUUCCGUCCUCUUAAAUCUGGGGCAUAUGAUAAUGUUAGGAAUUGCAGUUGGCUGCUGUUGUUUUCAUAUUUACAGUUAUGUCUUAUUAUUUGCUUUUAGAUUGACUGUUAGUUUAGCAUUUAAGUCAAUGUCCACCAUCUGUUACUUAUUGGAGGCUCUCUAAAUGAAUGUCAAGUCAAGGUGAAGUACAACCAAGUCAAUGGUUCUCUGUUAAUCAGGUUUUGUGUUUUCUCAAGGUCAUAUGCAUAGGCUGCAUUUAUAACUGGUGACAGAUCACACACUUAGCAUGUAUGGGGGGCAGACAAGUAAUUUUGUGUAUGACCAGAUGUAUGUUAGUCCCAGGGUAUUUCUUCUUCUUCUUCUUCUUCUUCUUCUUCUUCUUCUUCUUCUUCUUCUUCUUCUUCUUCUUCUUCUUCUUCUUCUUCUAUUGUGUCCUUUAAUCUCUGUAUCCUCGUCUUUCUGUAUACCUACAGUGCAUUCGGAAAGUAUUCAGACCCCUCGACAUUUUCCACAUUUUGUUACAUUACAGCCUUAUUCUAAAAUGGAUUAAAUAAAAACAAAUCCUCAGCAAUCUACACACAAUACCCCAUAAUGACAAAGCGAAAACAGGUUUUAGAAAUGUUUGCAAAUAAUAAUGUACAUAAGUAUUCAGACCCUUUGCUAUGAGACUCGAAAUUGAGCUCAGGUGCAUCCUGUUUCCAUUGAUCAUCAUUGAGAUGUUUCUACAACUUGAUUGGAGUCCACCUGUGGUAAAUUCAAUUGAUUGGACAUGAUUUGGAAAGGCACACACCUGUCUAUAUAAGGUCCCACAGUUGACAGUGCAUGUCAGAGCAAAAACCAAGCCAUGAGGUCGAAGAAAUUGUCCGUAGAGCUCCAAGACAGGAUUGUGUCGUGGCACAGAUCUGGGGAAGAGUACCAAAACAUGUCUGCAGCAUUGAAGGUCCCCAAAAACACAGUGGCCUCCAUCAUUCUUAAAUGGAAGAAGUUUAGAACCACCAAGACUCUUCCUAGAGCUGGCCACCCGGCCAAACUGAGCAAUUGGAGAGAAGGGCCUUGGUCAGGGAGGUGACCAAGAACCCGAUGGUCACUCUGAUAGAGCUCUAGAGUUCCUCUGUGGAGAUGGGAGAACCUUCCAGAAGGACAACCAUCUCUGCGGCACUCCACCAAUCAGGCCUUUAUGGUAGAGUGGCCAGACGGAAGCCACUCCUCAUUGAAAGGCACAUGACAACCCACUUGGAGUUUGCCAAAAGGGACCUAAACACUCUCAUACCAUGAGAAACAAGUUUCUCUGGUCUGAUGAAACCAAGAUUGAACUCUUUGGCCUGAAUGCCAAGCGUCACGUUUAGAGGAAACCUGGCACCAUCCCUACGUUGAAGCAUGGUGGUGGCAGCAUCAUGCUGUGGGGAUGUUUUUCAGUGGCAGGGACUGGGAGACCAGUCAGGAUCGAGGCAAAGAUGAACGGAGCAAAGUACAGAGAGAUACUUGAUGAAAACCUGCUCCAGAGUGCUCAGGACCUCAGACUGGGGAGAAGGUUCACCUUCCAACAGGACAACGACCCUAAGCACACAGCCAAGACAACGCAGGAGUGGCUUCGGGACAAGUCUCUGAAUGUCCUUGAGUGGCCCAGCCAGAACCCGGACUUGAACCCGAUCGAACAUCUCUGGAGACCUGAAAAUAGCUGUGCAGCAACGCUCCCCAUCCAACCUGACAGAGCUUGAGAGGAUCUGCAGAGAAGAACAGGAGAAACUCCCCAAAUACAGGUGUUUCAAGCUUGUAGCGUCAUACCCAAGAAGACUCAAGGCUGUAAUCGCUGCCAAAGGCGAUUCAACAAAGUACUGAGUAAAGGGUCUGAAUACUUAUGUAAAUUUGAUAUUUACGUUUUUUAUUUGUAAUACAUUUGCAAACAUUUCUAAAAACCUAUUUUUGCUUUGACAUUAUGGGGUAUGGUGUGUAGUUUGAUGAGGGGAAAAAAACAACAUUUAAUCAAUUUUAGAAUAAGGCUGUAACGUGACAAAAUGUGGAAAAAGUGAAGAGGUCUGAAUACUUUCUGAAUGAACUGUAUAUGAAGUCUCAGGGAGGUAGCUAAUUAUACAGUAAGACAUCUAACCUAAGUGAGACCCAGUGUAAUGCACGCAGCAGUAUGUAUGAAUGGCUGAGAGAGACUGAGCCAUCGGUCAUGUCUCUCUCUCUUGUGUGUCUCAUUCUGUGUACCAAUACCCCAAGAGCCAUUGCUGCCGGAACGGCUAUUGAUCACCUAACCUGCUGCAGCCAGGGCUAUUGAUCACUUAAGCUGGUGUAGCCAGGGCUAUUGAUCACUUAACCUGGUGCAGCCAGGAAUAUUGAUCACUUAACCUGGUGCAGCCAGGCCUAUUAAUCAGUCAACCUGCUGCAACCAAGGCUAUUGAUCAGUCAACCUACUGCAACCAGGGCUAUUCAUCAGUCAACCUGCUACAAGCAGGGCUAUUAAUCAGUCAACCGUUGCUAUUGAUCAGUCAACCUGCUGCAACCAGGGCUAUUUAUCAGUCAACCUGCUGCAGCCAGAUAUAUUUCUCAGUCAACCUGUUGCCGCCAGAGAUAUUGAUCAGUCAACCUGCUGCAACCAUGGCUAUCGAUCAGUCAACCUGCUGCAACCAGGGCUAUUGAUCAGCCAACCUGCUGCAACCAGGGCUAUUGAUCAGUCAACCUGCUGCAGCCAGGGAUAUUUAUCAGUCAACCUGCUGCAACCAGGGUCAUUGAUCAGUCAAUGAUCAGUCAACCUGCUGCAGCCAGGAAUAUUGAUCAGUCAACCUGCUGCAGCCAGGGCUAUUGAUCAGUCAACCUGCUGCUGAUGUAUAUUUUCUGUCAUUCUCACGUCCUCUCUCCCUUCCUUCCUCCCUCUCUCUCUUCGUCUGUCUGUAUAUGUGUGUCUAUCUCUCUCCCGUUCUCUCUGCGUCUGUCUGUUUCUGUGUGUCUCUCUGUCUCUCCCUCUCUCUCUGCGUCUGUCUGUGUCUGUGUGUUUGUCUGUCUCUUUCUCUCUCUCUGCGUCUGUCUGUGUGUCUGUCUGUCUCUUUCUCUCUCUCUGCGUCUCUCUGUGUGUCUGUGUGUGUAGCUGGACGACACCAGCUCAUCGGAGGGCAGCACCAUAGACAUCAAGCCUGACGUGGAGGCGGAGGCGGUGGUGGUGGAGGCUGUGGAAGAGUACCUAGACCCAGAAAACUGUUGGACACCUGGUAGGACUGCACCUAACCCCCCCCCCCACCUCUCCCUGCCCCACCCGGCCCUGCCCCGCUCCUCCGUCCCCUACCUGCCACUCCCUGCACCACCCAGCCCUGCCCCGCUCCUCCCGUCCCCUACCUGCCACUCCCUGCCCCACCCAGUCCUGCCCCACUCCUCCGUCCCCUACCUGCUGCUCCCUGCCCCACCCAGUCCUGCCCCACUCCUCCGUCCCCUACCUGCUGCUCCCUGCCCCACCCAGCCCUGCCCCGCUCCUCCGUCCCCUACCUGCCACUCCCUGCACCACCCAGCCCUGCCCCGCUCCUCCGUCCCCUACCUGCACCACCCAGCCCUGCCCCGCUCCUCCGUCCCCUCCCUGCCCCACCCAGCCCUGCCCCGCUCCUCCGUCCCCUACCUGCCCCACCCAGCCCUGCCCCGCUCCUCCGUCCCCUACCUGCCACUCCAUGCACCACCCAGCCCUGCCCCGCUCCUCCGUCCCCUACCUGCCACUCCAUGCACCACCCAGCCCUGCCCCGCUCCUCCGUCCCCUACCUGCCACUCCAUGCACCACCCAGCCCUGCCCCGCUCCUCCGUCCCCUACCUGCCACUCCCUGCCCCACCCAGCCCUGCCCCGCUCCUCCUGCCACUCCCUGCACCACCCAGCCCUGCCCCGCUCCUCCUUCCCCUACCUGCACCACCCAGCCCUGCCCCGCUCCUCCGUCCCCUACCUGCCACUCCCUGCCCCACCCAGCCCUGCCCCGCUCCUCCGUCCCCUACCUGCCACUCCCUGCACCACCCAGCCCUGCCCCGCUCCUCCGUCCCCUACCUGCCACUCCCUGCCCCACCCAGCCCUGCCCCGCUCCUCCGUCCCCUACCUGCCACUCCAUGCACCACCCUUCCCUUGCAUGUCAGUUAGCCCAGUUUGUAAUCCUUACAAUAUAUUUAAAUCACUAGCAAAUGGCUGAGGUAUCAUGUUAUGUGUGCCUGUCCCCUUCUAUACAGAGUGUAUUAUCAAGUAUCCUUGCUGCGACGUGCCCAUCACUCACGGGUGGGGAAAAUAUUGGUGGUUCCUGAGAAAGACAUGCUAUCUUAUUGUGGAGCAUAACUGGUUCGAAACCGUCAUUAUCUUUAUGAUCCUACUCAGUAGUGGGGCCCUGGUAAGUCACUGUGUGGAACAUUAACACACACACACACACACACACACACACACACACACACACACACACAGCUACAACCACUGUGUGAGUGGAGAAGGUUGGCUUUUUCACCCAGUCACUGUACUGAGGAGGGUGGGGGGAGGGGCCAGGCAGGAGCAUCACAGCCAGUCACUGUACUGAGGAGGGUGGGGGGAGGGGCCAGGCAGGAGCAUCACAGCCAGUCACUGUACUGAGGAGGGUGGAGGGAGGGGCCAGGCAGGAGCAUCACAGCCAGUCACUGUACUGAGGAGGGUGGGGGGAGGGGCCAGGCAGGAGCAUCACAGCCAACUGAGGCUAUGUCCCAAAGGGCAGUCUAUGCCCUUUAUAGUGGACUUCAUACAGAAUAUGCUGCCAUUUGAGAUUCAGCUUGACUCUCUCUGUGAUUAGUCCCGUGUAGCUCAGUUGGUAGAGCAUGGCGUUUGCAACGCCAGGGUUGUGGGUUUGUUUCCCACGGGGGACCAGUAUGAAAAAAAUAAAUUAUGCACUCACUAACUGUAAGUCGCUCUGGAUAAGAGCGUCUGCUAAAAUGACUAAAAUGUAAUUAAUCGACUGCACCAUUCAUCAGAGAGGGGAUCUAAUAGACUGUACCAUUUAUCAGAUAGGAUAGGGGGGAAUCUAUUUCUGUUGCCAAGGGGGAUAUGUCCUCAGACAUGACGUCAAAUGAGCAGGGAGGGAAUAGUGCAGUCAAUGCUACAUUUAUACUGGAAAUAUUUGAAAUAUUCUCAUUUAAUUUUUUUUGUGUAAUUUGUGUAGUCAUGAUUUAGCAACAGAACCGUUGUUGUAUACAUUUUCAUUACUUUUAAUGUACAUCGUCUGUUGACUUUAUUGUGUUUCUUAUCCUAGACAAUUGUUGAUGUAUUCAUUGUUGUACUUACAUGACUAAGGCAACUCUAGGCUAUGUAUUUUAGAUUUGUCAAAUAAAAUCAAUCAAUCAAUCAAUCAAUUAUUCACUGAGCAUGUCAAUUCCCCCCCCCCCCCAAUUCAGCUAGAGCUAACCAUGUGUGUGCUUCCCCCCCCUCCCCCCCGCUAGGCUUUUGAGGAUGUGUACAUCCAGCAGAGGAAGACCAUCAGGACCGUCUUGGAAUACGCAGACAGUGUGUUCACAUAUAUCUUCAUCCUAGAGAUGUUGCUCAAGUGGGUCGCCUACGGAUUCCACAAGUACUUCACCAACGCCUGGUGCUGGCUCGACUUCUUCAUCGUCGAUGUAAGUAACAUUUCCUGGUUCUUUACAGUAGAUUUGGUAGCCAUUUUGGGAAGCCAGGAUAGAAAGCUAGGACCAUAG